GAGGGAGGGCAGUGUGGGGACAGAUUGAUGGCUGGGCAUUUAGAUGGAAAUGGUUAUUAUAUUUAAACAAAAGGAUGUCACAACUCAAGUGCAUAUAGAAAGGACUAUCAUGACAGUGCAACAAGCCCUGCUGCACUAAAAAGUUUGAGAUAAAGGGAAAAGAUGUACUUGAAUUAGCUACUGGAAUCCCAAAGCUUCGACAGAUUUUUGGAUGUUUUCUAUUCUUAUUUGUUUUUCUUAUCCGAUUUUUAAAAAAGAAAUAAGUUUGAAUAUCACAGCCCAAAAUCACCUGACAUCUAAACAAUAAUAAAGAAGAUGUGAGGCAGAUCUCCCUGUGGAAAAAGUUCUCUUCAUGGAUUUAUCUACAGUAGGUAGUUGUUAAACUUAACAGAUCAAUAGUUUCAAAAGAUGUAAAAAGGAAGAAGUGCUUAAUACCACAUAUAAGAAUAAUAGGGAAUAGGUAAAAUAAGGGUUUAAGAAGCUCUGUAUUUGGGAAGGUUAAAAGACCUGGUGCACAAUCAGGUACCAUAUGUCAAGCAGCAGAAAUAUGCCCCCCACCUCCAAGUAACAGUAGGGUAACUUCUUUACUUAAAUACUGCCAUUUUUGGUGUAUGUUUUUCCUAGUGGACCAACAUACAUGUUUUGUGCUCUGCAAAAUAUGAAAAAUAACCAGUUGCCAUCUAUAAAAAUUAAUUGUGAAAAUCUGCAAAAUAUCUACAAAAUGAACAACAGUAUGAUGCCAAGAUUGUGUUUGGUUCAAAAUAAUGAUGCGGCUGUUUACAGGAGCCAUAGAAGAAAUCUGCCAAGUACUGAACAUUGUACCCCAUUGAUGUACUGUAUAUAGCAACAGAAAACCCAGAUAUACUUGCACCAAACACAGACAAGCAAUAGUGUAUUUACAGAACUAAUGAAUUGGUUCCACCGCAAAGUGCCCCUAAAUAAAUUCUCAUUUGAACUCAUUUUGGGCUAACUUCUGAUUAGGUAUGUUCUGUAAGACACCUAUCACUAUAUCAAAAGAGAAAGAGGAAAAUCUGCUAGAGUAAUAUUUCAUUUCAUGGGAGAUGUGAUGAUACUUAGAACUAGAGUAUUUGAUGAAUGGGUGCAUGGAGGAAAGCAUUCUGAAAACAGGCAAAAACUGAACCUAGGGGAAGCUGCUGCAAUUUUGAGCCAAGUUCUAGUAAGGUUUGUUUGCUCCACAUUUCUGUGACAUCAUUUUAUUGUUUGCAGCAGCAAAUGUUAUAAGAAAUCUUUAGCAAAUAGUUGUCAGUACCUCACCAAACUACAACUGCCCGAUCCGUUGGGGGAAGACUUGAAGUGAUAUAAUAAAACCAGUAUAUAUUGGUAGUGUAUACACAUCAUUUAAUAAUGUAGAUACAGCCACAUCAUUUGUGGAAAUAUCUGGAAUCUUGGAUCUAAACCAAUUCUCAGAUCUUAAUGGCUGGGCUUGAUAGACGCAUAAGACUGGAACGGACUGCAGGUUUGUAGUCCAACCUGCCCCCACAAAAGCUGGAACAGGGCACACAUUAUGAUUUUCUCACACUGCAACAAGCAUCCCUGACCAAAAAAGGUUACCAAGUCCACAUUAUGAACCAAUGAACACAGACAGCUCUCUCCCUACAAUAGUUAAUGUCAUGUAAAGCAGCAUUCACGUCAUAACUUUUGUUCAUUUAUUGUUUCAAAUUUGUUGCUCUUAGAAGUACUUGACCCUGAAGUCAUUUAAUGGUUUUCUAUACUGUAACACAUUGAAUUUGGCCUGGUAGCUCACAACCAGUGCACCGCCCUGGGAAUAGAGGUGAUGUGGUCUCAUUUUGCCUGAUCAUUCUCAGGAAGGCACUGCGUAAAAAUUCACCACCUGGAAUAGGGUAGUGUAGGCAAAACCAGAUCAAAAAAUGGGAUAACUGAAAGUGUGAAGGUGAACAUUUGGACAUUUCAGCCAAAUGUCCCAAAUACAGUGGUGCCUCGCAAGACGAAAAGAAUCCGUUCCGCGAGUCUCUUCGUCUUGCGGGUUUUUUCGUCUUGCGAAGCAAGCCCAUUAGAGGUUUAGCGGCUUAGCGCUACAGUAUUAGCGGCUUAGCCGGCUUAAAGAUCAGCUGAUAAGCGGCUUAACGAUCUGCUGAUAAGCGGCUUAGCAUCAGCUGUUAAGCGGCUUAAAGAUCAGCUGAUAAGUGGCUUAGCAUCAGCUGUUAAGCGGCUUAAAGAUCAGCUGAUAAGCGGCUUAGCCAUCAGCUGAUAAGCGGCUUAGCAUCAGCUGUUAAGCGGCUUAAAGAUCAGCUGAUAAGUGGCUUAAAGAUCAGCUGAUAAGCGGCUUAGCCAUCAGCUGAUAAGCGGUUUAGCGGCUUGGGAAAAAGGGGGGAGAAAGGGAAAAAACCCCGCAGGAACUCGCAAGACAUUUUCGUCUUGCGAAGCAAGCACAUAGGAAAUUCGUUUUGCGAAGCACCUCCAAAACGGAAAACCCUUUCGUCUAGCGGGUUUUCCGUCUUGCGAGGCAUUCGUCUUGCGGGGCACCACUGUAUAGGACAUUUUGUUCCAAUUGAUCCCUGUAACAAUAUUCUAAUUUCAGUUAUGACUGGUAAAUUUUGUGCAAAUCAGUCUGAUGUUGACAAACAUAACUAACAAAUAUAUUGUCACUUUAAAAAUCUUCAUAAGAAAAUAUUAAAUGCUUCCAAACCAUAUAAAAUACUGUAGAAUUAUGGCCAGCUUUUAGAUUUUUCCAUGCGCUUAUUUCUCCUGCUUUUUAAAAAUGGUGUCACGCUUUGCAUAUAGUAAAUAUUUUUGGUUUUAGAUUAUAUUAAACAUGCAUCUUUGAAAAUUUGGUUGAAACAAGUGUUCCCUUUUCUCCUUGCUCAUUCCAUGAUAAGUGCUUUAUGUUUGGGGUUUGCUAAUGCAACAGUCAUUUCUGAGAGCUAUCCAAACAGAAACCACAUCAAUAAGAUACUAAACCCUUAAUUACAGUAAUGUAUGUACUGAGGAUUCCUCCUCCUUCUCCCCUGCAUCCCUAUUUUGCUUCCACCCCAAACCUUUCUUCAUUCCCUUGGGCACAGACUCCUAACUGCAGCAUCUCAAACCCAUCACAGCGCGUGCACUUAAAACGGCUGCAGGAAAUUUGUUUUACAAGGCUGGUUUUAACUGAACUACCUGCUGUGCACCACAUUGCUACUGUUUGGGAAAUGAAUGAUGGGAAAAGCAAGUCUGUGAUUUCAUUUGUUCAGACCGAUUAGUCACACGUUGCAUACGGUAUCAUUUGCUUGUCACUUAAUGACUGACCAGCCUGCCUGAAUCAUUAGUGCUGUAGCGCAAUGAAAGGAAGACAUAAGCAUAAUGAGGAACUGAAGGAAAGUGGAGUGCUGUUUUACCUAAAAGAAAUGGUGCGCAGAAAUCCAGCACAGCUGCAGGUGUUCCAAUGACAAUGUGGGAAGCAGUUAGCUUCCAAUUUAGCAGAAAAUUAAGAGCGAAAAAACUGUUAUUUGUGAGAGAAGAUACUCAUGGCAAGCAAUCAUCCAUGCUCUAUAUCCACAAGAUGAGCAUUCAGCUGUCUUUGUCAUGACUUAAAACAAUUGGUAUCUUGGGCAGCAUUCAACACCAGAUUGGUGCUUAUUAUCUGCAGUUUAUUCUUUCUUGGGAUAUUUUGUUUUUCUCUCCCCCCCCCCCCCAACCAUUUUAUGGUUAAUUUGCUUGCAUGAAUGUAAAACCAUUUAAACUGAAAAAUCUGGAUUGUGGUUUAUCAUUGUGCUCUGAGCUGUGUGAUGCAACAUAAUUGCCAAUUUUCAGAUUCAUAAUUCAUUUUGAUUCAUGCAGCUUCAUGCAAACCACACUUUUCAAACUACUAACAAGCUAGAUUAGAGCCUGCAGAUUCCUUUGGUCAAAUAACACACGUUACAGAGCUGCGCUUUGUAAAGUCAAAUUAUAAAUGUUGUUGACAAGUAACUUCACUUCCCAAUCAAAACAUCUUGGUUCUGGGAAUCUAGGGAAUAGAUUCUGUAUGUAUAGUCUUAACAAACACACAUAGUCAAGAUGAUUUGGGGGUAUGAGUUCAGUUUCCAACAAAUUUUCCUGUGUAAUAAUGGGCAUGUUGCAUUUGAAGGACAGAGGAAUUGCAUCCAUGACUGAAGUGUCAUAAAGAUGUGAAGUUUUAGGUCAGUUUCAAAAACUACUGCUGUUGUAGGCAUCUGUUAUAGAGAUUUAACCCAGUUGUUUCAUUUAGCUUGUGCACAUUCUCUAAAGCGCAUAAAAGUGCUCAAAAGGAACCACAAAAUAGAUUAUCUGGGAGAGGAAAGAUGUUCAUGCUUUUGUAACUGAUUUCAACUUCUGAAAAUGGUCUUCCAAAUAAAAUAACUUCCACAUAGCUUCUUAAGAUAGGACUAUAGAAAUGAUUUUAGAGGGUCUUAAAGGGAGGGUUCAAGAAAUUGAUCUUUCAUGUUCAGAGGCAAAACCUGGGGAAGGCAUCUGACCAGUGUGGAUCAAUGAAGUUUCCUUUGCUUAACUCCGCCUAAAGAAUUGUGAUAUUGGUGGCAGAAAGUUGGCGAAUGGAGAAUGCUUGAAUUGGUAUAAAACGGUUUUGUGACUUGUGAGACAGAUGGCAAGUGAUGCCUGUGCUGAGGGAGAGCAAUAUAACAGACUUAGUUAUAGAAUAGGUUGUACAAUACAAAGAAACAUAGGAGCCAACUCCUAGGGGUUGUGGGGGCUUCGGCCCCCACAAUAAAACAUUUGCAGGGGCCAGGCCCCCACAAAGUUCAUGAGCAAUGCCAUUCAAAUGGUGUGUGUGCACUGUGUCAUGUGAUCGAUUAUGCGAGGCGGGAGUUACCUGGGCCCCUGCAAUAUUUCAUCCAAGUUGGCAACCCUGCAAAGAAAACAUUCCCCAUGGGCACAUUUUUGAAAUUGUGUUAUAUGCUCUGAAAUAUUCCAUUAAGUAUUCCCACUGAGCCAUUUUAAUCUGGUCCUCCUUUCUGUACAGUUGUGAAUCCUGCAACCUACUUUCAUAGCAUUUUUUAGAACUCUCUUCUGUUCUUAGUAGGGCUGCCAUAGGUCUGGAAUUUCCUGGAACAUUACUGGGAUUUCAAAGGAGGACUGACGUCCGGGGGGAUUUCCAAAAGGUGGUGUGUUUUGUCCUGGAUCUUAGGCAAGUCAAUCAAAAAAUUGCAUUUGUAAAAACAACUUUUGGGGUGUCCUGAUAUUUUGCUUUUUGAAAUUCGGCAACCCUAGUACUUAAUAUAGGGACGUGGGUGGCGCUGUGGGUAAAACCUCAGCGCCUAGGACUUGACAAUCGUCAUGUCGGCGGUUCGAAUCCCCGCAGCGGGGUGCGCUCCCGUUGCUUGGUCCCAGCGCCUGCCAACCUAGCAGUUCGAAAGCACUCCUGGAUGCAAGUAGAUAAAUAGGGACCGCUUACUAGCGGGAAGGUAAACGGUGUUUCCGUGUGCUGCGCUGGCUAGCCAGAUGCAGCUUGUCACGUUGGCCACGUGACCCGGAAGUGUCUUCGGACAGCGCUGGCCCCCGGCCUCUUAAGCGAGAUGGGCGCGCAACCCCAGAGUCGGACACGACUGGCCCGUACGGGCAGGGGUACCUUUACCUUUACCUUUAGUACUUAAUAUUGUGCAUUAGUUUCAGGUUUUCAAAGCACACUUAUUGUUUUCUCUGCUCUUUAUGAAUUCAUUUUCUCCCAUUGGCUAUCUUAGAGCUUGGUGGCUUUUUAAAAGUGCCUUCCUACUUCUUUAUAUAUAUUUUCUGGGACUUCUGCAAAGUAUAUACCUCUGCAAAUCUUUGAAAAACCUCCAGGUAGAUUUGCUAGAUGUCUUCAGUCCUCCAAAUCCAGAGUACAAUUCCUGCCACAUAUACAUUAAUGACUGAAUAAAUGGCUCAACCCCAGAAUUGUCUCUCAUCAAUGUCCCCAAUUUCCCAGAGUCAGUGAAGUCUCCCUCUAGUGGCCAGUAACCUGUUGACUUUUUUUGCUAAAUGCGUCUGUGCUCUUUUCUGCUUUCAGUUUGGGCUGAGGAAAAAAAUGCUGGAUCAGCAAUGUUACAUUCCCCCUGGGAGCACCCUCUAGUGGUGAUGUGCAGCCAUGGUUGAGAAAUAAACUUUUUCAUUUGUUUCCACCACCGUGAUCUAUUUUCUUUUAAAAAAUAUUUUAAAUGAAGUUUCACUUGAACAUUUAUUGUUUCUUUAUCAAUAACAUUUAUAUGCUGCCCCGUAACAGUGACUUACAGUAAAUAUAAAAAAAUCAUAUGAAAAUUCAUUAAAACACUGCACAAAUAUGGGUUAUAAAAUCAACUGUAGUAAAUCUGAAUGCUGGGAGUAAAGCUACAAGAAAACAUGAAGAAACAAUUGGUUCCAAAUAACAAAAAUACAUUUGCUGGCAAAAUCUAUAAAGUAUCUUGGAAUUUGGCUUACACUGGAUUAUAUAUAUAUAACUGACAAUCAUGAAUAAUUAUUCAAGAAUAUUGAACAGAGUUUAGGUUUUGGAGUUCAUUCCCGUUUUCCUAAAUAGGAAGGAUUGUUGUUUAGUCAUUUAGUCGUGUCCAACUCUUCGUGACCCCAUGGAAGGAUAUUGGAAGUAAAAAAUAACAUUUAUCCCCAAAUCUUGUUUCUGUAUAUAAAUAUCCCAUGACAGGAAUGGAGGCUGGUCUGUUUUGGUGAAAGGGUCACUGCCCCAGCAACUUCAGUCUGCCAUCAACAUCUGUCAGAUUCUCCAUCUUAGUCUCAGUGCUACCCUUUAUAGCAGCAGAGAGAAAGAUGGGAGCAAAACUCAACAAUUCAUUUGGACAGGAAAACCACUUACACAUUCUUGCUGAUUGUGGCUAGUUUUACUGCAUUAGAAGGACUGGACGAGGCUCCUCUGAUAGCUUGUUGGUUGGAGGACCUUUCAUCUCUUGCAGCAUAUGAAAAAAUCUAUGUUUGCCUGCAAGUGCAAAGAGCAUAACUUUUUUGAGAUCUAAGACCCCUAUUUUGAACUAUUUGUGUGGUAUACAUGCCAUAUGGGCUCUGCCAAAGCCCUACGUCCCCCUUGCCUAUCCAACCCACCCUUCACCUUUUCCUUCUUUUUAAUACUUGGUUUUGACCACAUGUGCCUGAUUUUCAAAAUGGUAUUGUGAAUUGACAUCCUUUGCUGAUAUGUUUUCUUUUUCCUUCUUUGUACUGUUAUGGAAAAAAUAAAAACCAAGAAACUUUGCAUUUUAGAAAAAUAAUAUAUGAAUAUUUCACUAUACCAUUCAUGAAGUAACUGGUAAAGGACUUUUGCAUUCCACCAACAAUAUCUGAUAAAUGAUCUUGACCAAUCAUUGCUUUGCAAAAUAAUGAUAAUUACAACAUCCUGAACUUGUAUAAUAUCAGCAGUUUUGUUUAUUUAGUUCUCCGCAGGACAUCCAUCAUGUCUGUCUCUUUUUUGUUUUGCUUUACAUUUUACAGUUUUCUUUUGCUCCCUGUCUGUUCUCACCAGCUGGUCAGAGAAAAUAUUCAGCUACACCCUAUUUCCUUUUGCUUAAUAGACACACUGUUCUGUUCUGCCAAUUUUGUGUAUAAUAAUUUCUUUCCCCCUGUAUUCAUUUCCAAUACACUGGUCAGCUUUCAGCAUCUACUUCAUUAACCAUAGACUAUCAGCAGUUUAUGAAGGAUAUUUUAUUAGGUUGGAGCGGGGGGGGGGAUCCUGUUCCCUCAAUCCAUUUUGUAUGGUAUUCCUAGAUUUGUGUGUUUGGUUUUACUCUCAUAGUUUCAACAUUUGUGCUACUUGGUUCUGGGUUUUUAUCUAGCCUUUUUUUUGAUGCAUAUAUGCACUCCAAUCUGCCAAUUAGAGAGGCAUUAGGGCAAAGAAGAUGAUUACUGCUGCUUGCCUUCUAUAACAAUUUUAAAUGUUAACUAUAUUUAGAAUGAAAGAAUUAUAUGAGAACCAAACACACAUUACAAAGAAGACACAUGAGCAUCACCAAACUGCAUCCCUCCAGUAUGUGUAUUUGGGGCAGGGAUGGCACGGGUGUGUGUGUGGAAACAGGAGCAGCAAAGUCGAUUUAGAUGUGAGAGUUGUGUCCCGCAGGUUAGAUGUGAGAGUUGUGUCCCGCAGAGCUCUUGUGCAGAUUGGUUGUGAUGAGUGGCAUAGUUUUUCUCUUGUAUGGUUUGUCUAGGUGCUAUAAGUUCCACAUCAACUUCAUCUGCCAAUUGCACUUCUUUAUUAUUUUGCUAAAAGCUUCCUCACUAGUUUUCCUGUGUUGUUCCAUUAUCCCCAGUAACUCUUGUAUAUGUGCUUUCAUUUUCAGUACAUCUAAUUUCACAGACUGCAGAGCUUUGGUGUCUGGCUCUAGCAGUGAAUAAUAUCUGUUUAUUAUCACAAGACAAACAAUAAAAGUUGUUGUCCGUGUUGCUUUAUCCUGCUGAUUGCUUGCAUUGGGAGACAAUGCUUAUGUGAUUUUCUGCAAACACACAGAUAUUUUUGUAUUUUUUCUUUAGUCCACUAUAUUUCACAUAGUACGGAUUCUGUUCCAUUUUCCUCUAUAGAAUUUGCAUGUGGCUUUUUCAGUCGCUGUUCAACUGACACCUUUUUCCUGUUCGUGACAGAAAGGAAGUUAGAAGCCUCUUCAUGAGAACCACUAUGUCACCCAAUAUGUGAGUGCUCUCUUGAAACUUAAUUGAAGUCUUUGUACCUAGUACAGUGGUACCUCGGGUUACAUAUGCUUCAGGUUACAUACGCUUCAGGUUACAGACUCCACUAACCCAGAAAUAGUACCUUGAGUUAAGAACUUUGCUUCAGGAUGAGAACAGAAAUCAUGCUCUGGUGGCACGGCAGCAGCGGGAGGCCCCAUUAGCUAAAGUGGUGCUUCAGGUUAAGAACAGUUUCAGGUUAAGAAUGGACCUCCGAAACGAAUUAAGUACUUAACCCGAGGUACCACUGUACAAGCUUUGUAAUGAAUGUGUCCUGUACCUCUCAUACUACUGGCUGGGAAAAUAAAAUGCAGUAAUGGCAAUCAAAGGCACCAUAGCACUUAGUGUCUCUUUCCCAAGUAAAGGAUUUUUGCAACCCAUUUCCCAAGAGCCUUGAUGGACACCUUUGGUUUCUAUUCCUGGCUACUACCACCCCCAUCUGCCCUUCAAAAAGCAGGGCUGUGUCCAGCAGCACUCCCAAGCUCCUCACCAGAUCAUAAAAAGGCACCAGAACUCCUUUGUUUAUAACUGUGUUUUUAGGCCUUCCAAAUCUUGUAACAUUUGCAGAAGCGGCAGCAUUAGAUCAGAACAAGUAGCAUUCAUCUAAGCUGUCUACUGGCCUGGGAUGGCUCUCUUGCAGAAAGUGCAGAGAACCCAAGCCUGGCAGCCACUGUCAAUAGGAGUGGUUUCAGAGGUCAUUCUAAACCUCUUGUUGACUAGCUAGAUAUGUGUGUAUCGAUGCACAUGAAAAUAAAAAAAUGCAUUUAGAAUUAGAGGGGGCUUGUGUUUCCUUGCCCCUCCACCCCACCGCAAACACCACUGGUUACAAGAGUACAUGGAUCUCUUUGACAACAAGGGCACUGGGAAGGAAACCUCUCUGUUGUGUAUGUGGCGCCAAUCAAGUUGGGUGCACACAUAGGCCUGUCAGAUAAGCAGCAGUCGUACUGGUCAACUUUGGGGCAGUAAAGGAACCAGAGGGGAUAAAAUCCAGGCCUUGCUCCACCUCCCAGAUGAAAACAGAAGUACAUUUUAUCACAGUCUAGUGAUGCAAGUGUUAAAUGACUAAAAUGUGGCAAAUAUAAAGGAAGCUGCUUAUGCAUCAUGUUAAUUUCUGGUUUUCAAUGAAACUUCAGAAUGUAUUGACUUGUAAAAUUUUGAUGUGACAGUGAAACAAAUUGAACCCACCUGCUGGGGGCAACAACCUACUGAGCUGAAUGAAUGAAAGCCAAUCCUUUGUUCUUAACCUCUGAAUUCUUUACUUUCUCCCCCCUUGACCUCCCCCUUGCCCCCCCCGCAAAUCAUUUGUGAUCCAUUUGAAUUCAAAAUCAAAAUAACAUAAAAGAAAAUAUACAUACACAUGGUUUUAACCAGCAGCACAUCUAUUUAGGAUCUCAAGAGUGAUGACAUCCUUUCCCUCUCCUAGGGCCAUAUUCUUCUCUCACUAGGACUGGCAAGGUUGUUUUGGUGUAAAAAUGAGGGAAAUUUAUUGUCCCUGCUGUGGCAAAGAAAAAUAAAAUGGUCUCAAUGAAAGAAUGCUAGUGGUGAGUUAGGGGUAUCCCCACAGAGUAAAUUGUUUGUCAAAAUCACAUGAUUCAUUGUAUUUGUCUCCAAGUUAGAUCCCCCUACUGUGGGUUUAUAUUCUAGUGAGUCAUCCUGGUGGGAGAGUGAACCUCAAAGGAAAUGGUUGACUAAGUGGUUAUUAUAUAUUUUUAACUGUUCUUCAUUAGGCAAAAGUGUGUUGAAUUAAUCUCCUUAUCAAAAGCCUCCUUUUAUAGCUCCCAACAUCCUAAACAGAAAAAAAGUCAUGAAAGACCCAGUGCUUUUGGGGGACAGUGCUCACCAGUAAGGAGCACUUUCACCUCUCUGUUUUUGUGCUACUCAUGGCACUUUUUAUCAACAUGUGAGUAUUGGCACCUCGUGGGGGUUUUUUUGUAAAAAAAAAAAAAGCACUGGAAAUACUUACCCAAUAUUCUCCAUGUAUUUUUAAAGCCAUCAAAGCUAGACUGGUCUGUACCAGAUUUGAGCAUGGUUUUAUUUUGAGACUAUUUGGUCAGCUGCUUGAGACACGGGCAUAGUGGGGGGGUGCCGGGGGGGCGUAGCCCUGGGCUCAUGAUUUUGAGGGGGGCGCAAACCAGGUGCCCCCCCCCCACAGGGAUCCGCAUCCUGUCCUGUCUGCCACUGGCAGUCUCUGGGCCUGGCCUUGCUGCUGCAUCCCCAGUCCCCUUGUUGAAAGGCUGCCCAGCCAAUGUCAGAGGGUUUUUCCCACCAAGGCCAGCGUCGUCUGGCUAGGCUUCUCCCUGCACAGGUGGGCAGACGGUGCAGCGUGGCCCUACUUUGCUGUGGUAGUGAGGGCUGGGCUGACACAGUGGGCUCUGUGAAAGCUCUGCGCCCGGCCCCUGCCCAGUGUGUGUGUCCCCACAGUGGCAGGAACAAGGGCUGGCUGGUGCUGUGGGUUAUGUUUGCCCUCCACACCCCACCCACCCCUGCCCGGAGCACACGCCCUGGGCUCUGGCAAACGAUGCAACACCACUGCUUUGAGAGCCACUCAGAACUAUGAAGUGGGAUAUAAGUAUUCUAAACAAACAAUGGUUUGCCUAGUACUAGAUAUUAAGCCAUUAAAGCUCAUGGCCACCACCCCAUCCUUUGGCAAUGAAUUCCAUAUAUUAAUCACGCUUUGGAUGAAUAAGUACUUCCUUCUGUCUGCCCCAAAUUUCCUACCAAAUGUCUUGUUUCAUAGGCUGUCCCUUGCUUUUACCAAACCCUCUCUGUUAACUUCAGGCUCAACAGAAGAAUCCGAAGUUAAAUCUAUGGAAAACUGUGGAAACCUGAACGCUGUGGCACUUUUCCAAAAGGGAAGUCUACUUACGUUCUCGGUUCCCCUGCUACUGAGAGGGUCUUAAAAAUGUGAGGAUUGAAGUGUCUAGGUGCACCUGUACAGACACCAUCCCUUUAUGUCAGACAUAACUAGCACUGGAAGCCUGCGCUGUACUAGAAAUGUCAUUGAAUACACUUAAAGGAGAAACCAAAAUUGCAGCUGAGUGCAGCUACAAUGGAUGAUUAUAAUACAGAGCAAACUAUUUCUAGCAACAAAGGCCCUGAGCAUAUUAACUCAUUCAGUGAGUUGUAUUGUGUAUAAUUCUUGCUUACACUUGCUGUCAUGCGCCGUAGUUAAAAUUUACACUCUUUUAUUGGACAUGAGAAGAUAUUUUUAUUUAUACCCUCUUUUGUUAGCCAUUUGGCUUCAUAAUAAUUAAUCAAGCCACCAAAGCAUUAUCAUAGUGGGGAGUGAGGAGGACUUAUUUGCAUUAUUAAGAUAUUCUAACAGGGUAUCUCAGUGUGUUAACAGCUCAGCUACAAUAUGGGCCUCUUGUUUUAUGACAAGUUACAAUUUUCUUGUAAUGUUAGCUGAAGUUCAUCUCAAUAAUUAUGCUAAAUUAAGGAGUCCUGCAUAUAUAGAAAUAAACAUUAAAAUGCAUUAAAUUGAAGUGAAGAAUGUAAUUUAAUCCCUCUACAACUAAACGAAAGUCAGCACUAAGAGUGCCAGUUAGUCCUUGUUUCACCCUGUUAGGCCUUGAUAAGACACACAACCCUCACUUUCUUAGGUGUCCUUUACAUAGACACACACACAGCAAUAUUGGGUACUGCUUCAUCAUGGUGAGAACCCUCCAUGCAGUAAUAUAUAUGUGAAUAACAUAACCCCAUGACAUACCCUUCAGCUGCCCUGAAUUUGCUGGCACCACCACAGAAACAAUUAAGCUAUCAUGGCUUCUUCCUUUGCCAUAGCUGCAAUUUUACCCAAGGUCCUUUUAAGAGUAGUUUGGCUCCUGUCUUCUGCCCCUGCCCAUGGGUACGUUGUGAGGAGGAGAAGAUGACCCGGUGUGGGGGAGCAAACCCUGGUGGUGGAGGGCAUGUGUGAACAAAGGUGGUUUUUGGAGCCUGCAGCACCCAGCAGACAGGAGAAGGGAGAGAGCGCUUUCAAAAUAGGAGCCCACCCUGCUGAGGUGCUAGAACUGCCUCUGCUCUCUAUCCUUCCCUCCGUCUCCUCUCCCCUUCAUAUUCUACCCCCCUCCACAAUUCCUCCCCAUUCUGCUUUUUGCACCACAAUGACACAUGUUAGCCCCCCCCCCUUUGCUACACAGCUCCAUUCACCCACCAUUCAGCACAUGCAUUGCCCCCUAAGUAAACAGAGCCUAGGAAUGUGUGACCAGGCAAGAGAAAGAGGGCAAUGGAGAGGAAGGCAUAUGGGGGCAAGGGAGAAGCCAGGCAGAGGUUUUCCCUGCAUAUUUUAGAGUCUUCUCCUUCUUGGAGAACCAAUAAGAAAUACUACCCCUGGCCCGCAAAAAUAAAAUAAAAUCCCCACCACUCUUAAGCCGCCCCCCAUCCCUUCUUUCAGCCUGCCCCUUUUAAACACAAUUCCUCCCAUUUAUCAUUUCAUUCAUUCAUCCAUCAUUUUUUAGGUUAUUAAAAGGAGGGGGGGGGACCAUUCACAAUUAACUUUCUUUGGCUAAAUACCUUCCCAUCAUGAUAACUGUGCCCACUUCUCUCCCCCCCCCACCUUUUUCCAGCCUAUAUUUCCUCUUCUAACCCUGUCACCAAUUCUGAUUCUCUUUCUUCUUUUCUCCUUUUCCAAAAAUGUCCUUAUCCUCUCCCCCCCCAUUUCCAAUCUUUUUCUCUUCCUUCCCCUCUCACUUCUUUCUCUUUCCCCUCCCUUUCUCCCCCUUUUCCUUCCUUCUUCCCUUCCUUUCCCCAGUCCUCCUUCCUUUUCUUCCUUUCUUCAUCAUUUUCCCUUCCUUUCAUCUUCACUUUCUUUUUCUCUCUCUGCCCCCUUUUCCCUUUUCUUUCUUUUCAUUCUUCUCUUCCCCUUUUUCUUCUUCUUUCUUUUUCUCUCUCCUUUCCUGAUUCUUCCAAAUUACAGCAACUGUUUCCUGUUAAAUGACAUUUCAUAGGCAGGGCAAAAUAUAUCAUGUGUAAAGAGGUAAUUGGGAGAUCUUAUACAUUUCCCAUGUUUGAUCUCACCUCACACAUAUACGUCAUAUACAAAUGUGGGAGAAACUUCCUGAGGUAAAACAGAAUGUCCCUAUUUUCAUCUGAGUAAUGUUGAAGGGUACAUGUCUUCAGAAAUCAACAUCCUGUUGGGAUUACUGUAUAUUACUUGCUUGCAUGCAUGCGUCCCAUUGUGGUCCAUGGAACAAGGAAUCUGACUGUGCUUGAGUGUCCCCCACACUGCUGCACAAGUGUGUGAUAGAAACCUUAUAUAUCUGCAUCUUUUGUUUGCUGUGGAAGAUGCAUGGCAGAUACCUGGGCCUGAACUGACCUUUUUGGGAAGGAGGUUUCCUGAAUGUAGGCAAAUAUUGGUCCCAUGAGAUGAAGUUCAAGGCUUUAUUCACAAAUUAAAAAGUAACAAAUCACUGGGACUGAGUAGAAUCCCCCAGAGAGUUCUUAAAGAAUUCAUUGGGUGAAUUGUUGCUAUCCUAACAAAAAUAUGCAACUUGUCUUUAAAAUCAGCUUCCAUACCAGAGGACUGGAAAGUAGCCAAUGUACUAUUUUUUAAGCAAUUGAGGUGGGUGGGUAAGCUCACUGUCUGUUGGGGUGAAAAACAUAGUUCAAGAUAAAAAUAUCAAGCAUAUAGAAGAACCAGUCUUGCUGGAGAAGAAUUAGCAAAGUUUCUACAAAGGGGAGUCCUGUCUCAACAAACAAUUUUUGCACCAGGAAUUUUGGGAUACACACAAAAAAUGGCAUAAAACUCUUGUUCUCUUGGCUAUUUUUCUAUAGCUGGAGUUGGAACAGUUUCAUGGUAUUUUCAAGGUACUACUAGACCAUAAGCCUUAAAAUGUUUCAGGUCCUAGAUGUCUCAGUCUGUGGAAGGACCCUACAGAUGCAGGAUUCUUCCUCAGAGGAAGGCAAGUAAGAGCUUAUAGGCUUGCCUGUGUUACUGACACUUUUGCCAUGACAAAAGUUCAAGGACAGGAGUGGAGGAGGUUGUGUGGGGAGCAUUUUAUUAGACUUGGGAUGGCACUCUUCCCCUUUAUUGUUCAGUCAUGCAGUUCUGUUGUAAAGCAUUGAGACAAUCACUUCUAGGCUUUUGUAUAGUUUGAUAGCUAAUUGAGUUUGCUCAGUGGGCACGGGUAAUCCACUGACGUUUCUUAAACCUGGAAUGGAGAUGUGUGAGAGAAAGAACAGCUUUACAGUUAGUUUGUCAAUGUGUUUGUCUCUGGUCAGAGAAACUAGCAGGUCAGCUGGCAAGAAGCAGCAGUGGCCCCUUUGAGGGUUCUGUUACUUAUAGGAAACUGAUGCUGGUUUAGGAUGAUGUCCCUUCCUUAGGAUUCAUGAAAGGGUGGCGCGUUCUGUGGACUGUAGCAGUACUUUCCAAGUACCUGCAGAGCAGGUUGCCAUGGAAUCAUCAACGUCCAAUCUUUUGUCCAAAACAUGGAUGAUGCCAGCACUUUUAUUUGGCAUUCUAUUUAGUAGGCAUCUGGUCUUAGUAUUGCUAAGUGCUCAAAUUCACCAAGCCAGACAUGUGUCCCCACAACAUUCAUUUAAGCCAGAAGUACAGAGGGGAGAAAAGAGGGUUUAAUAGCAAAAAAAUUACUGUUUCACAAAAUGGAAAUCCUCUGUUCGGAUGCUUUAAUGUAUGAACAGCAGAUAUGUGAUUAAAUAUUCUAAAAUUAGCCAGAUUGUGUUUUCUACAUCGCUACCUUCUACAUAUUUCUGUCCCCAAACCAUAAUUUAUAACCACAGUGUCAGAAAUCAUAAUUUAGAAGUAGCUUUAUCCAGUUCAUUUGAUCAGUGUUUUUAAGAGGGGCUUCCUCAAUUAAGUAGUCACUCUGCUGCAAAUUGUCCUGAAUUACACCUUUGGAUAAUUAGGUCUAGGCAGAAAGUGGUCAUAUUCAUUUUGCUUUUAAACCGGUUCUGUUACUGCUUUAAGACUUCUUUUGUCCACUUGCUUACUUUCAAUAUUUCCAUCCUGCUCUCAGUACAAACAGCAUAAUCAAAAAUUAAAAUAAUAUAGAAAACUUAAUACAUUUGUAAAUUAAACUAAAUCUGCAUUACAAAUACAAUGUUGAUAAAAAUGCAAGGGCAUUUUUUAAAAGGGAAGCCUAAUGGAAAAUGUGUGCCUUAGCUACUUGUCAAAGGGCAAGUGGUAGUGGGGUCUGGCAAACAUCCUUUGGCAGAAUGUUCCAUUGCCUUGGUUCCACUGCAGAAAAUAAACUGGAUCUUGUGAAUGGAUUCAGCACUACCAACUAACCCCUUUCAUUUAUCCAAAGUUGCUUACCUUCUCAGAUUGGAGUAGUCCAUGAGCAUCAAAUACAGGCAGAUGAGUUUAAUAAUAGCUAUGCUCAAGGCUCCACAAGACUUUCAAAUAAACAAAAUUAAUGCAACCAUUUUGAGUGCAUGCUGAUCUGACCAGUAGUUAGCUUUUUCAGUGAUUUUGGCAUACUGACUGGCUUUUGCAAAUGCUCCACACUGAACUCACGAUAUCCAAGAAAGUCUUCUCAAAAUGAUUUAAAUCAAGUAUGCUGAGUCAUAGUUAGUGCUGUACAAAUAUAUCUCAAACCAUUCGGAUAUUCAUUUGCAAUUUCAUCUAGUAAUUUAUGUUCUGCUGCAGUUGGUUUAUUUUGCCCAAAUCUUUGUUCUGUUUCUUAAUUCACUGAUGUGGAAAUAUACUUCUUUUUUAUGUAGCACAUAAUAUAGACACAUAUAUUAGCUAUCAACAGAUAUCUGCAAACCAAUUACCUCCCCUGCGUGUUUCAUUUCAAAGUUAAUGAAAGCGAAUGACUCAUCACAAAGCCAUCCAUGGCUGCAAACCUUACGAUAUCUACUCAGAAGUAAGUUCCACUGAAUGCAGUGUGUCAUGCUACCAGCCAAGGGGCUAGGACUGCAGCUGCUUUCACUACUUGAUUUCACAAUUCAUUAUACAUUUGUCGUCCUAUCCCAUUUACCCCAGUCAGGAAUUGGGGAAGGGUGGUCUGAUUAUAACUCAAGAUAAAAGAAAACACCCUUCAGGUGGUCAAAAUGUGGAGUCAAAUCCAGGUGGUUCUCCCCACAUUGACAAAGAAGAGCACUUUAAGAGGACUUUAAAUAACUUUUUGAAAAGAAAAGUGAGAGAUGUAGUCCACUGGUUUUUUAAAUUCACAAUAAGAUGCAGAUUAAGGUUGAAAUUCUAAUCAACACCUCUGGGAGUAAGCACCACUGAAUUCAGUGGGGUUUACUUCUGUGGAUAUAGAUGUGGUUAGGCUUGCAGUCUUAGUGCACAUAAGCUGCCUUUGACAGCAAAAAAACUUCAGAAAAUAUAGAUGGGAAGAGGCACCCAUAAAUGAAUAUAUAAAUAACAUAUAUUGCAAAGCAAUUUAUAUCGCAAAGCAAUCUAUGUAUGUAUACAGUAAUGUAUGUAUGUUAAUACUCCAAAAUCCUGUAAAUCCCCUAGACGCAAUCAAAAAACAAUGGGAGAAUGACAUAGGUUACGAGAUUAACCCCACUCAAUGGACCAGAAUGUGGUCUAAACCCCCCUUUAAAUCCAUAUCAACGAAAAGAAAAGAACUCACACUGAAACUCACCUACAGGUGGUACCUAACACCAAGGAAACUAGCGCUAAUACACCCAGGAACCUCACCAAAAUGCUGGAGAGGGUGCACCUCCACAGGCACAUACCUCCACAUGUGGUGGGAGUGUCCCAAAAUCCAACUAUUCUGGACAACAGCCAUACAAGAAAUAUGUAAAAUAACUAAGCAAGUAAUAGACAUCACCCCAGAAUUGGCCCUACUAAACAUCUUCCAAGACAACAAUGCCCAUUUACACCACAAAGAACUCAUAACCCACCUGCUCUCAGCAGCCAGAAACACCAUAACCAGACACUGGAGAGACCUGUCAGGAGUAAGCAUGGACCAAUGGUACCAAAUAGUAUGGGAAACAGCCCUACUAGAAAAAUUAACUAAUAAACUGAAACUGACACGGGACAAACAGAAGAAGACGCCUUCACCCCGGUAUGGCUCCCAUUUAUCACAUACACAGCCCAACAGGACAAUGACAAUAAUCCACCAACAGCAUACAAAUCAAUAUGGCUAACCUGAUCCAAAACACCCACCCACCUCACUCACACACGAAAACAAAGAUCACCACAGCCAAUCACAAGCAAACAAUCACACCCUAGGCCAACCCCAACCUCUCUCACCACCAAAGGAACACAAGUGAACAACACAAGCAACGCUGACACCAAACUCUACAUACAUUAAACAUAAUAGAAACACCGCCACCCGACCCCACCCCCAUCCAUCUCCCUCUCUCCACCCCCAUUGUCUUUUUUCUUUGUUUUUCUUCUCCCCAUAAUGCCUCAACAAAUGAAACGGAUUUGUAAAAAUGUUACAUGGGUAAAAAAAAAUACGAGGCACUACACUUCUGUAAAACAAGAAAAUCCUUAAUAAAAUAUUUAAAAAAAAAAAAAAAAAAAAACAAAUGGAGUGAGUCUCUUUUCUACCGUUAUUUGCAAGGAGGAAAACACGGGAACUAAUUAUAUUAUUCAUUCAUACACUGCCUUUUCCACCCUGACAGGGACUCUGAAAAAAUGCUAGUUGCAGCACAGUCAGUAAGGCCAUAACUUAACAUGCAUUUAACUUACGCACAUUCAGCUUUUUUUGCACGUGUCUAAAGAAAUAAAAGGGAGCAGAAUGGGUGCAUGGUUCUGGGAGAAAUGACUUUGGCAGUCCCACCCAGCAUUGGACCCAGUAGAUUUUGGCAAAGGGUCAGUGCAUCCGGCUGUGAACCAGAAGGUUGGUGGUUCGAGCCCACCCAGGGACUGCUGUGGGCAGGAUUCCUGCAUUGCAGGGGGUUGGACUAGAUGACCCUUGGAUCCCCUUCCAGCUCUACAGUUUUAUGAUUUUGACUUUAGGCACAAUCCCUGGAACGUAACCCAUGUGUAGGUUGCAGGCUAUCUUUUUAUUAUUAUUAAAUACUUUUAUUUUGCUCUAAACAAAUACAUAUAAAUAUAUACAACCAAAAUUACAAAAGAAAAUACCUUAAUAAUAAUAAUGGAAAAAACUAAAAAACUACAAAAAAUAUCAAAAUACAUGGCACAGAACAUAAGCAACUAUGGAAAAGAAAAGAAAAAAGAAAAAGGAAGAUGAGCCAAAACAGGAAAGCUCAUCUAUUGUACACUUCCGUCAAGUUCACAACAGAUCAUUAUUCUUAUCAAUUCUCUCUAUCUGCAAACCAAAGGAAUCCCUCAUCUUGGUAUCAGGGAGCAUUUCUCUAUGCGGUAUCAUUCUAAACAUAACCAGGUCUUUCUUGUUGAGCCUUUGUCCCCUAAAUAAUUAUUUAAACAGGUUGCAGGCUAUUUUAUAUUUCUCCCAUUGGACAUCUGCAAAGCUAAUGAAGGCAAGAACAAAUAGGGUGACCACUUGCGCACUGCUGUUUCCCCUGCGGAAAAAGAGUUGUGCAGUUUUUCAUAAAAUUUGCAUAUGUGCAUUUACAUGUGGAGUUUCAAAUUUAUAAAUAAUGACCAGGGGCCACAUGGGCAUAAACAGGAUUUUUGUUGGGGGUGGGGCUGGCCUUUUGUUGGGGAGGGGACAGAACCUCAGUUAGCUAUGUAUUUUUAUUGAUAUGGGAGGGGGCAGCUGCCAUUCCCUGCCCCACCCCCGAUAUACCCCUGAGUGGCCCUCCAGGAUGUUGGUUGUCUAUAACUUGGGAUAGCUCAGUUGGUAGAGAAUGAGAAUCUCAGGGUUGUGGGUUUGAGGUCAAACCCCCCAUUGGGCGAAAGAUUCCAGCAUUGCAAGGGAUUGGACUAGAAUAGAUGACGCUCCUGGUCCCUUCCAACUCUACAAUUCUGUGAUUCAUUGAGGGUUAACCGCUGGCCAUGCUGGCUGGAGCUGAUGGGAAUAGGUGAUUUCAGAAUCUGUGCCAAGCACCCCAUGGCAUUUCUGGGCCAGUACCUCCCUGCUUCCCACACUCCCACCUCUGCCAGCUUCUCUUAAUGUAGAAGAUAUGAUUCUAUGAUUUAUGAGUCUUAUAUAUAUAGACAGAGAGAGAUGAAACUUGCAUGCACCUUGAAACAACACAAGAAUUAGAUAAAAAAAUAUUAAAAAAAAAAAAUGUAUGUAUGUUAAAAACAACAAUGUAUGUUGUAGAGCAGGCUUCCUCAACCUCGGCCCUCCGGAUGUUUUGAGACUGCAAUUCCCAUCAUCCCUGACCCACUGGUCCUGCUAGCUAGGGAUCAUGGGAAUCGUAGGCCAAAAAAAUCUGGAGGGCCGAGGUUGAGGAUGCCUGUUGUAGAGAACCAAAGGAAAUCAUUUUCACAGCAAGAUACCAUGCUGCAAUGGGACUGUUUGAAGGAGGCAGUGGUAAAACCACUCCUUAAGAAACCUUCCCUGGAUUUGGAAAACUAACUAUCUACUGGCCAGUUGCUAAUCUCCCUUUCAUGAGCAAGGUUCUGAAGCGACCAGAUCCAGACGCUUUUGAAAGAAACAGAUUUUCUGGAUCCAUUUCAAUCGGGGUUUUGGCCCAGUUUUGGCCCAGAAACUGCUUUGGUCGCCCUGUAUGAUGACCUAAGCUGGUGCAACAAGUAAGCUUGUCCGCUAGACAGAGUGGUUCUGCUCAUGUGGGAAGCAAGUCAUCCUGUAGUGAACAGCAUUGCAAUGAAGCCAGUCUUAUUGUACUCUGCAAACACAACAAACUGAAAGAAAGUCAGGGCAAGGUAACACUGGCUGUGCUAUUUUUAUUGCUACAAUCUGUUCCCUAAGUCGAUGCAUCAUAUUAUGCCAACAUGUUAGAAGUGACCAAUACACUGUACUUGGUCAUCUUAAAUCCCCCUAUUUUUCACAUCUGGUUAAUUCCAAUUACUUGGCAUAGGUAUGGAGAAAUAAGUGACCCUCAAAUGUUAGUGGCCAGCAUGGUCAAUGACCAGAAAUAAUGGAACUAGUAAUGCAAUAGCUAGAAGGCCCCUGGGGUUCGACAUCCCUGGUUUAACAUCAUGUCCUUUAAGGGUCUCACUGAUUUAAGAGCAAUUUCAUAUAUCACUUGAACAUCAUACAACUGCUGAUUAGGCAAUUAUAAGCAAAACUGACAUUAAAUAGUUAAACAUUAAAAGGACAAAUUCUAAAUCAUCUGAUGAAAAGAAUCCAGCUUUAUUCAUAGUAAUGGCUCACAUUUAUUCCAAUCAGUUUUGAUUCUAAUAAGGUUCCCAGUAGUAAACAAUUAGUACCACCUACGCUAAAUAAAAUUUCUAAUCGACAGGUAGUAAUGACAAAACACAUUCUGCAGGCAAAAACUAUUUUGGAUUAGCCUAUGGGGAAUUUUUUUUAGAAAGAAAAUCCAGAAAGGAAACUUCAGCAGGCCAGCUGGCUAAUGCUUGGGAUAAUAACCCUGCAUUUCUUUGAAGAAAUAAUAAGAGAGAAUGAUCAACAGCAACAAAACAAAGCUUCCCAUGAUACGAUGUACUAUGGAUAAAUUCAUGUGCAUUUAUAACAGCCAUUUCUAGCAAGCAAAUGCCAGCAGCAUUCAAUAGCAUAUAAAUACACAUUUUUCAACGACUGUUGUUUCAUUCCAUUACCUCUCUAUUUGUUUCAAUGGAGUUGUUACUUACUAACACCACUUGAAGUACAAUCGGAAUUGCGUAAGUUCAGUACAGUCAUUUCCCUACCCAAAUGUUAAAAAAGCAAAAACUUUUUUUCCUCUUGCUGCACCCCACAGAACCACUUCUCGCUGUUAUUCCUUUUUAUGCAUUUCCAAAGGUUUAAGCAUUUCUAUGUUAAUCUACAACAGAUGAGAAGGGAGAACAGCUUCCAUUUGUUUUGGUCUUUGAGGAUCACUUCUGAUAACUGGCAAACCCAAAUAUCAUGUAAGCAUUACUAUGGAAGUUCCUAGUAGGAGUUACUGUUUAGUUACUAUUUAGCCAUUUUGUGACAUUUUGGUGGAUGUAAUAAAGCUGUGCCACUUCCAAAAUUACAGCUACUAUUUCUAUAUAUUUUGGAAUCAGGGUACCUGAAGGACUGCAUCCUUGAGUAUGAAUCUUAACAGAGCAUUAUGGUAAUUAACAGACUCUUCUGUGUGCCCCAAAAUUAGUUAACUAAGUCAAGAGGUGUUGAAUGCCUACUGAUUUUAAAUGGCUUUAGUGAAAUCCAUUUGGUUCUUAUGGCUGUUCUGUCUUCCAAUCCUAUGUUGUUUUGUUGCAGAUUUUUCAUAAUGAUGGUCUUUGUGUUUUCAGUGGAUUAAGAUGUUUUAAUAUUUGUAUUGCAUUUGUAUUUUAACCUCUGGCUUGCAGAUUGGAUAUGGCUUAUAUUCUAAUACAAUUUGACCCACAGCGUUCGCUGGUCUGGGUUGAUGUAGACCUGUUUCUCUCUCUCUCUCUCUCUCUCUCUCUCUCUCUCUCUGUGUGUGUGUGUGUGUGUAUGUGCGUGCAUACAUGCAUAUGUGAGUGGGUGAAUGAAAGAGAGAAAAGUAGGCAAAGUAUUUGCAGAGUCAUAAGGAAAGGGCUGGAGCUUGCACAUGGCCUCCAGGAGGGGGUGGUUUGUCAUGCCUUGACUCUCGUACAUAGGGACAAACUAUUUGAAACACUUGGUGCUAUAUACAUUAAAUAUAUGUGCUGAUUUUUCCCUACUUACCAAAACCUACAAAAGUGGUAUGGGAAUCAAUAGGGUUUACAUAAAAGAUGCAGAUUGUAAAUUUAAGUUUUUUGAGAUGACUAAGACACUUCUAGCAAAUUCCAGUAUGUAGGGGAAAAUCUGAGAUUGAUAUAUGUGAAAGAUUGCUUUCUAUAUGUUGUUCUGCCAUCUAUCGGUAAUUGCUAGGCAAAAGAUAACCCACGUUUUGUAAUUAUCUAGUUCCUGUUAGCUGGGAGCAAGGCAACUGAAAUGAAACGAUAUUUAAGUUGACUUCACUGUGUGUAGGAUUUUCAUCUUGUCCCACACCGCACAUUACUAAUUUCUGCUCUGUAUUUCAGACGGCUGUAUAUAAAGAAAUGAAAUAUGUAAAUAAUACUUGGAAGGGAACAAAGCAAAUAAGAGAAGUCAAACUUACUUUGUUCCUUAAAAGAAAAAGAGCUUUUAAAAUAGAAUUUCCUUGUCUUUCUGCCUGUGAAUUCACAGGGUAACAUUGAAGGUAGAGUUUGUUGCCCAGCAGAUGGCAAUGUUGCUACACAAAAACCAUCACAGAUUUAUAACUGAGAAACCGUACCAAAACUUUACAAGUGGGUGCACUGUAAAAAGAGAGAGAGAGAGCAUGUUUGUUGGCUUAAAAACAACUCGCUCCUUGAUCUCUUGGAUUGCAUUGUAUCUUUGGCCUAGCAUUUCUCAAACGAUGCAUAAAGAAGUAAAUAUUCAUGAAAAUAGUCAAUAAGAAUAAGUUUUAUUUGCUCUUGCAAGACACAUGGCUAUCCAGGAUCACUUUCCUUCAAAGAACAAUAUCUCAGCUAUAUUUGAUGAGAGGCCUGACCCUUUUCCUUAGCACCACUUUGGAGAAUUUUAUUCUUAUUAAUUUUACUUGCUGUUCAGAUAAGGUUGCUAAGAGCAAAGGAGCUGCUGUAUAUUUAGUCAGAGCAUUGAUCCAUCUAGCACAGUGUUUGGAGAUAGGCAAGGACUCACCAGAGUAUCAGCCUGGAGCCUUCCCAGACCUACCUUGGACAUGCUAGGGCACUGAACCAGGGAACUUCUGCAUGGAAGACACAUGUUCUAGAAAUGAGUCCUUGUCCUUCCCUAAAAUAAAAGCCCCUCUUCCAUUUUAUCUUCUGACCUUGCUCCUCUCUGACACAUGAAGAAAUGAGAGGGAAGUCUCCUGUUUUAUCUUCAUGCCAGAAAAUGUUACCUCAGGCUGCUGUACAGGACCCAGUAAAACUGGUGACUGGCCACCUCACCUACCAAAUACGAACAAAAACAGCCAAAAGGGAAUGUGCCAAAUAUUAUAUGUGUGUUUUCUUUUGAUUGAGAAAGACUGAUGUGAUUUGUACAUGCAUGCAUGCUAGAGAAUAUGUUUAAAUGUCCUUUCAAAGUUUUUUAAAAAGUCUUUCAUAUGAAAUAAUUAGUUGUAAUAAUAUUAGAAACAUAUUUUAUUCCUUUUUUAUUUUAAACAGAGUGGAAACUAAAACACACAAAAAGGAAAAGCAGUAACUUAAGCUUCGGUUUUUAUUUCCAACUAAACAUCUUAGAUUGGUGAUGUGAAUAUUUAACCUAAUAUCUUUUAGUCUUUCAGACUUUUGAUCUCCCACCAGCAUUCUGAAAUGGUGCAGUUUCAGGAUGUCUACUAUAACAUGUCCUAAAAUGGUCUGAUAGUGUGUUUCGAGAGAGGAGGAGUAUAGCAUUUUUUCUCACUGCCUCUUAAAAAAUAUCAGACUAGUUGAACCCAGGGCAUUGCUAGGAACAUUAAGGGUUCUCUGGGUACUAGCACAUGCCAUAUGAAUGUACAUGAAACUUGCACAUACUAAUUUAUAAGUACAUAUGCCUCUGGGCAAAUUAAAAUGGUGGAUGACCGGUGUCUCACCAGCAUUGCACUUUGCAGUGCACCCAUUUGUCUUGUAAGUACAGUUUUUUAAAAAAAAAAUGAAAGAAAAGGGAGGGCUGGCACAAAAGACCCAGAGCUCAGACUCCAUGAACCUUCUCCUAACAAUGCCCUUCACUGAACCACCAUCAUUGGUGUUCUGCAGUGACCUGUACUGAAAGUUGGAGAGAAAAGUAAGUGUGGUGAUUUCAUUUCAGAUUAGGCCAGACCCAAAUACAGUGGGAUGACAUCCCCCCCCUACUUUGAGCACUGCCAGUGGCGGAGUGCACGCCUGCUAAGGUGCAGAAAUGCCAUACUGCUGUGUUCCUAUCACUUAAAAUAUUUAAUUUUAGAUAGUUAAGCUAACGUUACAAACAUGCAUUUCGAUAACACACUUGGCAUGUAAGGUUUAUGAUCCUUAUCUUGUUCAGUGCAGCCUGCGAGUCAGGUCAUUUAUAUUUCUAUGCCACCAGCAAGGGAAUUCAUGCUUAAGAGACUUAACAAGCUGAGUGCUGUUCAGUAAGCUCAUUGCUCAUCACUGAUUUGAACCCAGGUCAGAAACCAACAUUCUUAACCCUGUGCCUCAUUAGGUAGCCAGCUGAGGCUGUCUGAUUAAUGCAUCAAUUGUUUUGCCUUCCAAUCCCACCACCCCCGCCCCUGUUGUUUCCUAGGUUCUCUCCAAUCAGUCAGCAGCACUAUAGACUUGGGCACCACUUUGUGGCCUUUUAGGAUGCUUCCAGUCUGUCUCUAUUUUCUGGUAGGAUCAGUUGCAUACCAGCAAAUUCAAGUUGCACAAUUCAAGUUGCACAAUUCAAGUUGACUUUGCACCCUUGCGCAGCAAAUGUGCUUCCCCCAAUAUUAGACUUCCUGCAAUAAGGUAAGGGUCAGGAAAAUGCACUAGGAAGUGUGGCAUAACAUUUACUUGAUGCAAGGCUCGUCUGAUUUUCCUCAAACUGGUCAGAAUGAAUCCUCAAUAAAUAGCCUACAUCGUCUAAUUUCCCUGCAAUCAAACUGGGGUGAACGUUCAGUGAACAGAUUAUUUGGGGUAAGUGACCUUUAAAGUGUAGCUGAAAGGUAGUUUUGAAGGAUAGUUGUGUUUUGGUUCAUAUAUUGUUUUAGAAAGUGCAACUUUGAUGGAUUCAGGAUUCUAUGAUAUUUUCAGUGUCUAUUAAUGACCUUCCUUUUAUCAGCCUGGAUAGCUCAGUUGGUUAGACCGUUAGAGUGUGGUGCUGAUAACACCAAGGUUGCAGGUUUGAUCCCCAUAUGGGACAGCUGCAUAUUCCUGCAUUGCACGGGGUUGAACUAGAUGAUCCUCAGGGUCCCUUCCAACCCUGAUUCUAUGAUCUAAAUGUGUACUGAAUUGAAUUUCUUCUGCAUCCUUAAAUAUGAUUCGCAUUAUUAGGUGAUAACAUACACUGAUAAUGGUAAAAGGCUCUGUACAAGAAGCAGGCAGUGUUUUUCUGCAGGGAGUUAAACAAAGAUGCAAAUUAGGUCACAUCUAUGCUUUGCCCAUCUCUGAACACCAGUUUUCAUUACAAAUCAACAGAAUAAAAACAAGGAUAGUUUCAGUAUGAGAUGGCUAGCUGCUUUACAGCUAACCUUUCAAGAAGAUUGUGGUUGUAGGGGGGGGGGGGAGAAGAAGAAUGUAGUUGUAGUUUGAUUUUGGAAAAGGAGCUUAUCUAAUCCUAAAACAAGAGCAGAGCACUCAAAGACAACAGCUUUUCGAAAUGUCUCGUGAACUGAAUUUUAGGGUUGAGGAUUCAGAUAAUUUCCUGGCAUUGGUUUUUUUAACCAUUAUGUUAUUCCUGGGGCAGCGUGGCAAGUUUCCAUAGCUGUUCUAUACCAGUGCUUCUUUCUGGGAAAGUGAGAUAAGCCUAUUCCUGCCCACUAAACAAUAACCAAACCAGAAUUUUCUGCAAAAACUUUAUAAAUGUAGUUGUUUUCAAGAAAGAAUAUUAAUUACGAACCUAGUAACAAAGGCUGACAAAUAUUUAUUUGGCUUUGGGAAAAUAUAUCUGCCCCAAUUGAUUUUUGGUUGAUUUAUUCUCAUAAAUAGCCCUAGUAGCAUUUGCAGUCCAUUCUGUGUGCUCUCCACAGAUAUAUUCCCUCUCCAGGGAGCUUUGCUGUAAAAUUGCUACCUCAUAAAAUAGGAACUAAAUUUUCUAUGAGGUUUCUUAUUGUUAGCAAUGGCACCCAAAUGUACGUUUGAUUUCAGCAAUGGUGCAAGUUCCUCUUCCACCUUUAUUUGGGCCUUUUAUUUUGAGUAUUAAUCUGUAGACAGACUACUGAGUAAUAUAUUGUUUAGUAAUAAGAGACUUUUCCUCCCCAGUACGAUCUUUUCCUUCAUUUUUCCUAACUUAGUUCAUACUCACAUAUUUCACAAUUUCAGUGUGCAUAGAGAACAGGGAGACACAAUUGGUGGAUCUUACCGCAACUGGUAGGAUUCAAGCAAUUUCCUACUCAGAAAUGACAUAUUGUAUGAAGUGGGCCUAAGGUAUAAUCAUUGCUUUAUGAAUUUUUUAAAAAACAUGUUUCUACAGUCAGUAUAUCUGUUUUUGGCGCUGCUUUGUUCCUCAUUUGUUUCUGUUUGUUCCAAAUUCUACAAGAUUUCAUUUGUUCCAAAUUCUAUAGAAAUCUGAGAAAAGCUGUUGUUUUGGCUGCUGUUUAGUUUUGCUAGGAGAGGAAAAAAACUGAGAAUAAAGGCAAGCUUUGUUCCUUGUAAAAUUAAAUGACACCCAAACGAGUGUAAAAACAGGGAAAAAAGAAUCUACAAGAGAUGAGAAAUGUUUGAAUCUAGUGGGUGGAGAAAGAAUCUCAGCAACGAGAGGACAGCUGCAAAUUUAAAUAAUCAAAAUAGAGUGAGAAAGAUGCUGUGAAAAUAUAAAUAUCUACUACUUAAACUGCCUGCAUUUUUAGAUGUUCAUUCUCAGUUUACAUAAUUAAGGGGGAUAAUAUUGACAAUUUGCAGAAGAGGAUAAGCACUCCAAGGCAUUAGAAGAGGAGUUAAUCAUAUCCUAAAUUUAGAAGAUAUAACCCUUCCCCCGGAAUCUAUUUCUUUUGAGGUGCUCCAACUGAAAGAAGAAAAUGCAAUGACUUUUCAGGGUCUUCUGAUUGAUUCAUUGCCUUAUCUGUGCAUUAAAUUGUAAUAAAAAGACCCAAUGAUAGUACUUUAGCACUAUGGCGUAUUCAAAGAACCGGUAAGCGGGUUAUGCGGCUUACGCUAGGCAUCUAGAACAACAAAGAGCCUUGCAGCACCUUAAAGACUAACAAAUUUAUUAUGGCAUCAAGUUUCAUGGCUUUGAGUUCUCUUUUCAGCUGAAAGUCCAUGAAAGCUUAUGCUAUAAUAAAUACCUUGAUCUUUUAAGAUACCUCAGGGUUCUUUUGUUGCUUUUGCUGCCAUAGACUAACGUGGAUACCUCCUGGAAAAUCUGGGUAUCUAGGACUCAGGAAACCCUAGAUCUGAAGUGGGAAACCUUUGACCCUCCAGAUGUUGGUUUGCUGCUCCCAUCAGCUACAGCCAGCAUGGCUAAUUGCCAGGAAUGAUGGGAGUUCUGCUGUGACAAUAUCUGCCAGAUCCUCACCGUUCCCCAUCACCAUUAAAGGACAAAUAGAUUUAUUGUGACAUAAACCUUCAUGGAUCAAGGCUUUCUUUAUCACGUGCCUAAAGCGUUCUGUUCAGCUGUCACAUAUAUUUCUAUAUACAUAUACAUACAUGGUUAUAAACUGCCCAGUUAAGAAAUAACAGUAACCGAGUUGACUUUAUAGUAGGAUUCAAACAUGCAUUUAUGUAUGUGUUGAACAAAAGAACAAAAAUAGCCAUUUCAAAUUUCUUCCCUGCAUUCUGUAACAUAAAAUGGCACCCUAAUAUACAAUGGACUGGAUCCAGACUAAAUUACCGUAUUUUUCGCCCUAUAGGGCGCACUGGCCCAUAGGACGCACCUAGUUUUUUGGGGGGGAAAUAAAGAAAAAAAAUAUAUUUCCCCCCCAGGCGUGGGGCUGGGGCAGGGGAAGCCCUAGCUUCCCCCGACCCCAGCCCCCAGAACAGGCUGCUAUCCGCAAGCCUUGGGAGCCCGGCGGGAACUCCCGCGGGCUCCCAAGGCUUGCGGAUAGCUUCCUGAAGCCUGGAGAGCAAGAGGGGUCGGUGCGCACUGACCCCUCUCGCUCUCCAGGCUUCAGCGAAAGCCUGCAUUCACCCCAUAGGACGCACACACAUUUCCCCUUCAUUUUUGGAGGGGGAAAAGUAUGUCCUAUAGGGCGAGAAAUACGGUAAUUGCACUUAACUCCCAUAGAAACCAAUGUGAAAAGUUGGUCAUGAUUAAGUCCCAUUGAAAUCAAUUUGUUUCAUAAUAUUGAUGUUCUGCUUGAUUGAAAAAACAAACAAACCCACAAAGCGGUGGUCAAUAAUAUUAGACAUUAAGGCCUGAAUUUUUAUUUUUUUUUUAAAAAAACCAAGCACAGCCAGAAUAAAAACAAAGCUAAAACAUUCAAGGUUUUUUUAGAAUGCAGUUGGACACAAAAUGUAGAGUUGGAAACUGAAAGUUGAAAAAAUACAAGCUUUGGGUUCAUGUUUAUUAAGCACUUAAAUGACAGGCAAUGUGUGCCCACUUUUCAUACUUAAAAGAGACUGCCGAAACCCUAUAAAAUGUCCUCCUCUUUGGACAGAACCUGAUCUUCUUCACCUGCAGGCUUACAUAGCAAAUACCCUUAAAGUACUCCUUUUCUGAUUAAUGCCUGCUAUUUACCAAACUAAGCAAGAUUCAUAAGUGAAUAGCAUUGAUAGUAGAUAAGAAAUACCAACUCUUAUGAAGAAACCACCACUGAUAGAGUAUAAGCCAGAAGGAAAGCAUGCUUUAUGUAUGACGUUUUCCUCCUUUUCUUAAUUCAUGAGGUGGCUGAUGGGGAAUCUGUGCUUUAAAGAACCCUGUAAAAAUUUCCAUGCAAGGCCUAGCAGAAAAGAACAACUCUAAUCUGCCAAGAGUCCACACCUCAGUGAUGAGUGCAUAAUUUGUAUGCAGAAGGUCCAUGGCAUCUCCAGGAAAAGUUAUCUUGGGCAGCAGGAAUGAGAAAUAACUUUGUGUGAGACUCUGGGAUGCUGCUGCUGUUGCGAGUAGAAGGUGCCUGCCCAGAUGGAUGAAGUGUAGAUUCUCACACAUUGGCCAGCUUCCAUUUUGACUUGAACUGUUCAUUUUGGGCUUCUCAGAAGCAUGUAAAGGCAAGAAGCCGAUGGAGGGAGCGCUGGCCCGCAUUGGCACCCACCUGAGAGGUGCCGGAACUGUGCUCGGGCUGAAAAAAAGGCAUUGAGAAGAACUCUUAGUUCUUCUAGGCUAAGCUAGUGACCAAACCUCUGCAAACCAAGAGCAAGAUCAUGGCAGUUCAAGUGUUGCUGAAAGAUGAUUCCUUAAUCUCUGUUAAUUGGAAAUAGACCCACUUAAAAACUCAGCACAUUUUUAGGUAUUGUUGCUGGCUAGUUUAGGAAAUAGUAAGUUGCUCCAAGAUGUAGUCAUCAGAAACUGUCCCAGCGCAUAUGUACUUAGGAAGAGUUGCCACAUCUACCAGGUCACAAAGCAUUGUGUUAUGCUUUGUGGCUACCUGGUGAUGGAACAUUAGCACCAGAGAGCAGUUUGGCAGCCCAAAUACAGAUCGUUUGGCUGUACAGUGGUACCUCGGGUUACAUACGCUUCAGGUUACAGACUCUGCUAACCCAGAAAUAGUACCUCGGGUUAAGAACUUUGCUUCAGGAUGAGAACAGAAAUCGUGCUCCGGCAGUGCGGCAGCAGCAGGAGGCCCCAAUAGCUAAAAGUGGUGCUUCAGGUUAAGAACAGUUUCAGGUUAAGUACGGACCUCCGGAACGAAUUAAGCACUUAACCCGAGGUACCACUGUAUAAGGUAUGCAGGCUUUGACUUGGAUCCAUAACACAUCACAUUUAUGGGAAUGGGAUGCUCCUGCUACUGGAAAGGGCAAUUUUCACUGAUCCCCUUUCCUCCUGCACCCUCCUGUGCUCUGCAGAACUACUCGAGAGUUAAUGGAUCCUUCAAAGUAGUAUGUAAGGUGGUGUGGGGACUGGGUGGGUGGGAAUUGGUGAAAAUCACCUCCUCACAUCCACCAGAGGAAGCCUCUAGAUCGAAGCAGUCCUUUCGUUUACAGAAGGACAAGCCUAGAUCAAAGUCUAGAUUUAACCCUACACUGAACCACCAACAGCAAGUUAAUAUAUUGCAUGUAAGCAAGGAAAGAAUAAGAAUGAAUCCUCCUCCUUUAUUGUUUGAAUGGAACUUCUGCAAUUCUUCUGUAGUGAAAUCCAUAAGCUGCUCAUGACCACAAAUAAGAUCUGUGAAUGUUGUUAGCUAAAAAGGAAAUCUAAAAAGCACAAGGAGCUGACAAGCUUUCUUGCCUGUAUCAUGUGGAGUAACAUUUUAUUGUGUUGUCUAUAAGAUUCAGGCUCUUAUGCAAAUGGCUGACAUUAAAACUGCGGAUAUAAAAAAAUGUUUUUUUUUUAAUUAAAAAGUAGUACAAAUAUUGAAAGGCUGAGGAAAUGAGAGAGUCGUCGAUUAAAACACCUAGACUCUGUGCCUGGACAAGUGUGACCAUAAGUAAAUUUUAAGGUUUUUUGUUUUGGUUUUUUUGGUAUGGAGCUAUAUCUUAUGAGAUGGUGAUUACCCUGCAUUGCCAAACAGGUCUCAGCCGUUCUUUUUUACUUACCGGAGGAUUUACAGAGCAGGAAAAAGAGGAUUACAAUUCCUCUCAGCAGCAAGUAAUCCUUUUAAGUUAGGUAUGUCAGUAUUCAUUGAGAAGUGUGGGAAAGUGCAGGCUACUUAAAAUGCUUGACAGGUCUAGGAGAAAUGUGGUGGCAGGAACUUGGGAUCAGAAAUCUUCAGAGUGCUUAUUACAAUGGACCCCACGACCCCCAAAUUAGAAACUGUUAGAAGCACGAAUGAAAAAUGGAUUUUAGUUUACUGCUUGUAUUUUGAGAAUCAACAAACAAAACAUCAAGAUACAGUAUUUAUUCAAUUAAAACAUACUUGCCCCCUUUUGCAAGGUCAUUUAACAGAUGAUGCCCUUAUUGUAUAAUUAUAUUUUAUGCCACUAUAAGACUACAAUGAAGGGGACUUGUAUAAGUGGACAGAUGUGGUACGUUUUCAUAGCAGCUAAUAAUGUCUUCAUGUACACAUUUAUUCUGCUCAGAAAGCAGCAGUUCAAAAGUGCUUCAGCCCAAUUAUAGGGUGUAUCAUAAGUCUCGAGCAGAAUUAUGGUUAUGAAUUUCACUGCAUGGUUUAUAUUCAAAGGGCUGGGCAAUCAUCAGAAAUACUCUCAUAAGAUGAUGAGAAAAGUCAAAGGCUAGUCCAGACCCAAUAGUUAUAAAAUACACCAAAUGUGAUAUAUCGGGUUGCAGCUGAAGAGCACCUAGGAUCUAGCUAUAACAUCAAGUCUGAAGACACUGAUGAGAGUCUAUAGAAAAGGUAAUAACACAAAGACGAUCAGAGCUUAGAGGAGAAGACUUUGAAGUAAAGGUGAAAAGAGGUUUUUGAAAAGUGGCAGAAAUUCAGUAAUGCAUGGGAAAUCCACAGUGGUAAAGUGAGAGGUAUUUGAGAUACAGUUGGGGAGGUUACAGCCAAAUUAAUUCCAGUAAAAUGAAGAAGUGGACUCUAUUGUUAAGUUAAAAGCAGAAAGAACAGCCUAAUCGCCAAACAUUUUAAAAUGAAAUACUGGUGAAAAGAAUGACUGCAUAUAAAAAGGAUAACUGUAUAAAAGUGUAAAGUUUAAAAAAAAGAGGGAAGAAAGCAGCAAGCUGGAUAAAAUAGCCCUGGAUAUUAUACAGUUCCAAAGAAUAUUUGACAGUUCUGAAGGUAGCUGCACAUUUGUAUUAUAAUGCAGUGCAAUUUUAAUUCAAUGAAAUGUACAGGACAUUCUACUGCAGUCAUUUCAGAUCAGUCCUUCAUGGUUUGCAUGAACUCCUGGACAGCUUUCCUAAAUGGAAAUGCUUCCUAAUGUUGAAUGCCAGGACAGGCAAAAACAGAAACCAUAAAAAGCAUCUUGAGAACACAGGAGUCUCCACUUUCACAAGAAACUUUGGUAGUGUUCAUUUCCCCCACUUUAUUUCCCCCGUUUCAAUAAAGCUCCUUAUUCACACCCAUAAGUGGCAACUGUAUCUUUCUCUGUUGGGGAGAUGCAAUGCAAACUAACAUUUAAAUAGGCUGUGAUUUGAUGUACAGUAAUGUGAUGGUUCUGUGGGUGGGCAGCCCCUUUACUCACCACCAUUAGCUCUGAUAUAGUCUGAAAUGUAGCCAAGGAUGUUUUUAAUUGGAUGACAAUAUCAUAAUCAAUGAGAGCUUGUUACAUUGUGUCAGAUCAAAUAUUGCUUUCAUUGCUAAACUACAUGAACACUAGUGGAUGUACAGUGGUACCUCUGGUUAAGUACUUAAUUCGUUCUGGAGGUCCGUACUUCAUCUGAAACUGUUCUUAACCUGAAGCACCACUUUAGUUAAUGGGGCCUCCUGCUGCUGCCGCGCCGCCGGAGCAUGAUUUCUGUUCUCAUCCUGAAGCAAAGUUCUUAACCCGAGGUACUAUUUCUGGGUUAGUGGAGUCUGUAACCUGAAGUGUAUGUAACCCGAGGUACCACUGUAUAUGCAUACGUCUGUUCUGCAGCCUACAGGUGGAGAUUAUAGACAUUUCUAAAGCAGUAACAUAAGGGGUUGUUGUAAGCCAGAGUUUAUCUUUUCUGAAGCUGAAACUUUGGGUCCCUCCAGACUGGUGUUUUAUCGCGGGUGUAUUCUGCAAGAUGUUAUUGACCACAUUAUGGUUGUCUGGAAGGGCUAUAGCACAACAAAAGAGUGGGGUGGGGUAGGGAAUAAACCCAAACAUUUGUGGUCUGAAAUGUUCCAGAGAAGGGAGUUAUGGUAUAUGCACUGAUCGGAAAUGAAGCAAUGUGAGCAUCCCAAAACUUUUUCAAGUACAGUACAAACAGUACUGAAAGUGAGAUAAUAUAUGACUGCCCUGAUAGCACCGUGAGCACAAGUCAUCAUGGAUUUGCAAUAAAAAGGAGGUCUGGAGGUGGUCUUUGUUCUAAAGUUAGCACUCAGCCCUGUAAUAUCCAAAAGAAGAGAGUACAUUUGAACUUGUGCAGACAGCAUUUUCCUUGCCACUGAUUAACCACUACUAGCAUCUGCACAUUUGGAAUUUAGGCUAAGAAGGUUAGCAUAGAAGCUGGUUUGGUAGCAGCAAGGAUAGCCCAAGGUGAUUAAAGCUAUAGGGUGUGUAUGUUUGAGGGUCCGUAUGUUUGACUGGUUAGUUUGUGUCAAUCUCUUGAGUUCGGGUGUUCGGUGCUUUUUUUGUUGGAAGGGCGGUUGCUGUUAGUUUUUUUGUAUCUUUUUUUAAGAUUUUGUUGUCAUUUAUGUGGAAAUUGUUCAGUUUGGUUGCAUAUUUUUUAAUGUUUUAUUUCUUGUGAAUCUAAGCUUGGCCUAACUGAGGGGCAGUAUUUCAAUAUGAGUAGGAAAAUGAGAGUAUCCCUAAACUUUUUUUAAAGAAAAAAAGCACUGAUUCUAACUAAAAAACGAGAACGGUGGGCUGGAUAACCUGUGCCGACCAUUCCUAUACAGUGGUAUCUUGGGUUACAAACUCUUUGGGUUACAAACACUUCAGGUUACAGACUCCUGGAAGUAGUACCUUGGGUUAAGAACUUUGCCCCAGGAUGAGAACAGAAAUCGUGUGGCAGUGGCGCAGCGGCAACAGGAGGCCCCAUUAGCUAAAGUGGUACCUCAGGUUAAGAAUGGUUUCAGGUUAAGAACGGAUCUCUGGAACAAAUUAAGUUCGUAACUCGAAGUACCACUGUAUAUUCUAAUGACACUGGGACAGGAGAUAUGCUGCUGAUCUGCUACUUCCCUUAUGUUCAGCCUGUGAGGAAGAGAAAACUCAAAAUUCAGAAAAUCCCUAUAUGGUAUCAAAACCUUAGACACAUCUCCAGCAUCCCAAGAAACACUGCCAGAGACUGACAUGUGGGGACUACACUGGCAAAGGUGUCCACAUACAAAGGGAGCCAAUAGUGUCAGAGGCAGGGGUACAGGUCCCAAGCUCAUCCCCUGCAUCACCAGUGCUGGUGCCUAAUAUCUGUACAAUCAGGGAUUCAGUUCACCGUAUGCUCCUCACAUCUGUUUUGGUGCACAACAACCAAAGGGAGGAAGAAGGGGUCACAAAAGACAACUCGCACAUUGCUAUCUGCUGAAGAGGCCUGCAGCGAGUACACUCGGUCCCCUGGGACACAGGGAGAAAAGUAGUCAAAGGCGGCAGCCAUGACAUGCAAACAAGGGCAGCCACAGAUGCACAGGGAAUCAAUUACCAGCUACAAUUAGACAGACACCCAGAGUCAUCAUGUUUAGUUGCUUGCUGAAGACGUAUUUGACUGCGAUGUGACCCAGUCACUUAUGAAAUAUUACUUUUACAUCUGUAGGAAUGGUUUUGUUUUUAGAAUGGUUAUUUUAUUCUAUUUUAAUUCUGUUGUAAAUAACUUUGAUAGUCUCGGGCUGAGAAGUGGUUUAUAAAUAAAGAAGUAAUAAACAAGGAUCAUGGACUCCCCAGUAGAUCACUGUGUAGGGCUGGGAAGCAAGAGAUGGAAAGGGUGAAUAUGGCCCUAUUUACUUUUGAGCAUCUAGCCAGAAACAGUCAUGUCAGAGGCAAAAGAGAGGGGGCUCCCAGGACUCAAAUCUACACUAGAAACAGAGUACCAGAGUUUCCUAAACACUCAGCUACAGCAGUGGGCAGGAAUCAGAUCCAUCAUGGAACGUGUCUUCUUCCCCACCCCAAGGCCCACAUAUAGACAUGAUGCAAAAGGAAAAUGGGAUGGUGAGAAGAGAAAACAAACUUUAGCUUUAAAGUUGCAGAAUUGUUUUUAUAGGUUCUGGCAGACAGAGACAGGAAAAUGUGGAACAAGCUGCACUUGUCUUGGCACGGAGACAUGCCAGGUUGAACAGACCCCCAUCAUUCCUUGAAUGAAAGUACAGCUGAAAUGAAAGUUGAGCUGAAGGCAUAGGAAAGCAACAGAGGAAAGUAUAUACCAAAGAGAUUUCUGUUCUCAUCCUGAAGCAAAGUUCAUAACCCGAGGUAAUAUUUCUGGGUUAGCGGAGUCUGUAACCUGAAGCGCAUGUAACCUGAAGCAUAUGUAACCCGAGAUACCACUGUAUUGGUAUAUUGUUUCACACUGCUGUUUAUAGAGAAAGUGCUGGAGAAUGAGCUGUCAUAACUGGAUGUUGGUGUGUAUGUUCUCAUGGAAGGACACAAUUUUGUAAAGUUUAGGCAGGCGUUCUAUCUUGCUGAGCAGUGUGAAGAGUGUUUUUCAGCUGAAGAGGUUAUUAAAUCUCAAUAUUCAUUCACUAGGUGAAAGCAGAAAUGUAUUUGGUUCAAUUUGACCCUUUGGCUUUUUCUGUGUAAGUUUGAUUGUAAUGUGAUAACUAAAUGAGACCAGGGAAUAGUUGGAUACUAGAAUAAAAGUUCUGUGCAGAACAGCAUCCUGCAUUUUAAGCAUGAAACACAAACUCAACCCUGCAUUUAUUUUCAAAAGGACCAGAAAGACUGUAAUAUAGCCUUUGAAUAAUGAAAUAGUGAGAAGUUGGUGUGCCUUUUAAAAAAAUACCCAUUUCAAAUUAAAAGCUCACUUUGAUCACUGUACCUGUUUUGAAGGGGUCUAAAAGAAAUCUAAAUACACAGCAUAUGUAAUUGACUUGAAGGCUGAGAUCUCAGCAAAACUAGAACUGUACAGUUACAAGUUUGAAGAUCAGAAAUCAGCUUGACUUUCUGAUCUCUUUUCAAAGGGGGCCAGCGGAUGUAAAAUAAAUUUAAGUUAUGUAGCUUAAGAGAUUUGAAUAAAACUUUGGUAUCCAUACGUAGGACAAAAUUGUAAAUAUUGUAAGCAAAAUCUCAGUGUCACAUCCAUGCCAGUUCUCAAGAGAGCAAUGUCUAUUAAAUACUUUGCUUUAGUCUUAUUUUUGUAUUCAAUAUGAACACCCUGCUUGAGAGUACAUUUACAGACAAAUGUGUUUUUGUAAUCACUCACUAAUUCAUAGGAAGUAGUUUCCCAAUGACUUUAACAAAUGAUUUGGGAUAGCCUAAGGCUAAUCUAGAAUUUAGACUGUUUAAACUUCAGAAGACCAGAUCCAGGCUGCAUUAGCAGCUUUGAGUCAUUAUGUAGAGAAUUAAAGAUUGGUACAUCUCUGUUUUCCGCUCACGUUGAGGAUGGGUGAAUUGUCCUUGCUCGUUGCAAUCCCUCCUUGAGAUUCAAUUCUGGGCUUUUCCCUACGCAAUUGAGGGCAGUGAAAGUUUUUGAUUCCUUUUACAACUUCGUGUAUAUAAGAUCUAACUAUGGUUCCCAACAGGUCGUCUGCAUCGCUCACAGCUGCGUAAUAGCCCGGUUAAUCCAAGAUGCACAUACUUCCCGUUGAGUCCUACAUCUUUAAGCAGGGGGAAAGUAUCACCUGGCGAAUGACCGCCUGCAACUGCAGCUGGUAAUGUUUGGAGCCAGGCCUAGGGGAAAAGGCGGCGACUCUCAGUUUGAACGGCUUCCACGCCCCCAAAAGGCGGGGAAAGAUGUACUGUAUUCCGGUAGGCGCCAAUAUUGGCCUCGGUUCACCCCCCCGUGAAGACUUGUAGGGUACUGGAACAACUGCCCCUGUAUCUAUACCCCCGCGACUCUUUUCUGCGGGAAAAGUUUCGAAAGAACCCGCGCCGCUCAGCCCCAUCGCAUCUCCCGCCACCGGACUGUUCCAUUCCGAUCUCGGGGAGAGUCCUUGGUGCCCAGUGCGCACGGAGACCCCAACCACAAGCUCCUCUGCCCAGCAGACCUGGUAAGGAGCUGUUAAAACAGCGCUGAGGGCAUAACUUCUUCCAAAGCGUAAGAUGGAAAAGAAAGGGAGGGGGAAGACGGCAAAAAGCCCUACUCGUCUCCCCCUUGAACGACCAAGGGUCGUACAAUCCCGCUCCCGACGUCUGCAGGCGGCUUGUUCGAGCUCUAGCCGCUUCUCUCAAGAAAGGGGCGCGUGAGUGGGCGCGGGCGCGCGGCGGGCUUGUGGGCGCGCGAGCAGGAUGGCCCCGGAGACCCCGAGGAGCAAGGUGAGGCGGAAGCGCCCCGCGGGCGUUCGCAGAGCUUCGGAUAUUCGCGGCGCGCGCUGGGCGCAGGGAGUUUGGCGCCAGUUUCUCAGACUCUCGCGCGCGCUCCUCGCUGGCGAGCAGAAUAUAUGGGGUUGCCCAGGGGGUGUGGUGGUCUCCUUUUGAGCCCCCUCUCGCCAAACAUGGCCCCGACGCCUUGCUUGCAGCGCCAGGCCUUGCAGUCAUGGACGUCUCCCUAUAGAAGUGCCUGGCUUUUCUCCACAGAGCAGCCACGUGCGUCCAGCGGGACGGACUUUUCUGCAAAUGUGGAAAUUGGGCGGGGGGCGAGAAGAGAAAUAAUCUGCCCAACUCGCUCUACAGCCUUUGGAUGCAUUGCUUAGCUGCAGCUUUUCUCCUCCGUUUGCGUUCUCUCUUGCUGUUUAACCCGGCAGGGUUGGGGACAGUCGAGUGAAAUACCUCGCUGCCUUUGUUUGCAUCCUUCUGUAGUUGCCCGGAUUCGAGGAGUCCGGGAAAUGAGGAAAUCGCUGGUGAAAAUGGCCUGCCGCGAAAGUUGCCCCCCGCCCCGUACAGAGUUGCCUGGUCACUUUUUUUUUUACAGCAAGGAUAGUCAUGGAAGUGAAGGAAUCUGAAAAAGGAGCGAAAGAAGGGGGCGUUUGGCCAAAAAACUCUCUUGCAUUGUGGCGAACUCGGAUCUAAGCUGACUCAUAAAACUUUCCAGUUAAUAAAGAAACCUUACAGAGUUUUCCUUAAAUGUUUCAGCGAGUGUUACUCCUGAAAAGUAUUUCUCAUAUUUACAAAGAUACUAGUUCUGUUUUGAAGUAAAUACAAAAGCUCCCUGGAUUUAUUUAAAACGUCAAAGCUUUUUAAAAUAAGAGUGUUUCUUUUUAAAAAAGAAAAGAAAAAAACCACACAGAUGGCAAGCACUAUCUCAGAGGAGCCAGUCCACCUACUCAGGAGGAAACUCCUCUAAUAGUACCUGCGGUGACACAUGCACACCACAUGUGUGAAGGGAUGUGUUCAAUGGUGAGUUCUGGGACCUUUCCCCCUGAAAAAUAGCACUGAGUAUGUUAUAUGGAAACAAAAAUUUAUUUAAUUUGUUGAUGGUCCUGCAUGGUUUUGGAUCACAAGCUCUUAGAGAAGUGUUUUGACAAGUGGGGAACCUGUCGCCUUCCAGAGACUUGCCAGACUACAACUUCUUGGCUUUCAAUAGUGUUGGAAGGCCAAAAACAGACUGCAGCUCCUAUCAGCUCUUCCUUCCUGUCCCUUUUUCCUUGUGUGUGUGUUUUAGACUGUAAGCCUAUGAGUAGGAACUCUCUUGUUUUCGUUGCAUGUAAGCUGCCUUGGGAGCCUUUCACUGUCUGAACAGCAGGGCAUAAAUACUCUAAAUAAACAGCAUUUAGAGUCCCCACCCCUAGUGGAGAGCAUUCACUUUUAAUGUAGUGGAUAGAUAACAUUUAUCUGCACUGAUUGCCAUACUGUAAUGUGUUCAUGAACUACCCUGCAAUCCAAGUCUACCUUCACUGACUUGGUUUCAAGAAGUAUUCGGUGUAAAUUACACGAGUUUUAAAUGCAGAAGAUCCUAUUGUUAAGCAUUGGUCAGUCCUUCUACUGCCAUUGCUUUAGAUUUUAUUUGUCGCUGCCCCCUCUUGGUUUGCUCCAUGCUAGUAGGGUUUGUUUGUGCCUAGUGUGCUAAUUUAUACCAAUGGAAACAUUAUUUCCAUUAUUAUUGGUUAUAACAAUGUUUUAUGUUUGACCUACUUUGAAAGCAUUGCCCUCAGUAAAUGGUAGUCUGAAACCCAGGAGAUCUGCAAGAGCUGCUACCAGUUAGUGUAACAGGUACCUGUGCUGGUGGAUCAGUGGUCUGAGUCAGCAUAAUGCUGCAUCCUAUGCUCUGAGUUGGUUUAAUGAUACAUCAGGGUCACCUCGUCUUUUUGGUUCAUAGCAUCCCCGCUUCCCCAUUUGACCUGUGAAGCCCUAAGUUAGGGAUGAUGAAACUGUGACACUCAAGAGAUUUGUUGGACUGCAGCUCCCAUCAUCCCUGACUAUUGGCCAUUGUGGCUACUCCCAUGUGAACCUCCUUGCAGUUCAAAGUCAGCUGAGAAGCUUCAGGUGAAGGCCAGAAUGUCCUUCAUGAAAAAGAACAGCCUUCUCAUUGAAAGUCCCAGAGCUGUGGAAAGGCCUUCCAUGAGCUCCUGUAGCAUAUUCAACAAGCUUGGUUUGGUUACUGCUCCUUUUUGUUGAUUGCAUUGUUCUUGUUGACUUUGGUUUUUUAUUUGAAUUGGUUUUUAUCUUUGUCUUAUUAUACUGUACAGGGCUUUUGAGAUCUCUUCUGGCCACGAAGUUCUGUAUAAUUUUAGCAUGUAAGUUAAGAGCUUGCUAAUAACUGACUGGUGGAGCUGUUCUGAGCAGUCUCAAGGUUGAUAUUGUGGGGAAAAGCCCUUUGGGUCAUUCAGUGACUUGCUUUGUCCAACUAGCUGCACAUUUUGAGGAUAAAGACACUUUACUCUGGAGUCACCUUCACUUAGCAGUUGUUGCAGUUCCAACGGAAGGAUCCAGUGCCACAGUCUGAUGUGUUGUGGGAUGUGUUUCAGUUUAUGAAGCCUUGUGAUGUAGAUAAGGUGCUUGUGGCAACACACCCAACCACAUGCCCUCUUGAUUUACUAAAUCUCACAGGGAGUGAUUAAUUAGGUCUAGAGUUGUUAAUGGUUCAUUACGUUCUUGGAUGAUACGGAUUAUCUAGUUCCAUUCUAAUUUGGGUUCAGAUCUGGUCUGACUGAGCUGGUCUUGGUUACCCUGAUACCUCUACUGGGAGCAGGACAAGGGAAUUUCAACUUUGCUCCUGCAUCUUUACCUUUUUUUUGCAGUGUUAGAAACAAAGAUAUGAAAGCUAGGAGCUAAAUGGCACCAUAAACCUAGGUUAUGGACGCAACAACGGAAUGUCUAGGCACACUUUUUAUAGCAAGAAUACAAAGCUGAAAAUGAAUGAAUUACAGCUUAAAUAUUAUGUUCAUUUCCCCCAUGGUCUAGUCCUUCCCCUGCCCACCCCCCUAAUAUUCUUAAGAGGGUCUCUUCUCCAGUCUUAAGAGAGUAGCUGGAAGUGGGGAGGCAGAAAAAGGUCCACCCCUUUCCAUCCACUCUGCAGUUUUAAUCUACUCCCAGAGCUCAGAAGCUGCUCCUGAAAUUCCUUGGAGUUUUGAACACUGCUUUCUUAUAUUGACCAUGGUAUCCUUCUGAACCAGCUCCAUGCAUUGAGAAUUGGGGCAGCUGUGUUACAGUGGUUCUGGUCCCAGCUACCAAGUCCAUAAAGUAGCAUGAGAAGAGUGCUUUUCACUAUCCUGGGAGUUAUGCAGCAGGACACUUAUUUUAUCCCCAGUGAUAUUUAAUGAGAAGCUUGACUUCCACUGAAAGAUUUGCAAUCUGUUGGAAACAGUUGUUUGGCUGUUUGAGGCAAGGUUCAAUCAGCCUAAUCUGCUUUAACAAUCCCUAGUUUUCUCUUGACUAGCUGGGGAGGGGGGUUGGGGAUGUGUUUUGGUGCUGUGCAUUGGAGAUGCUUUGAGCAUCUUUGGGUGUUCCCCAGCUGCCAGAAGGAACCACAGGUUCAAUCCACCCUAGCUAAGAAUGCAAGUAGCUUGUGGGUCUCAGCCUACCAGUUGUAGGCCUGUGGUGUAGACAAACUGCUAAUUUCACAAAAUUCUCACCAUGUCAGUAGAUCCACCCACUUCAAAACAUUCACUUUCCUUCAAGGUUGAUGUUUCUUUUUUAACAGAGUAGAAGCUUUUAAAAUGAAUCAGUUAGUUAUUGUGUCAAGGCUGCAUAGUGGUUACAUGCAAAAUUACUUAUAAACAUUUUAAAGUAAAAAGUUGUGAGUUCUUGGUGGCAAGAAACCAGCUUCUUUGAUGCACUGCCACAGUUACUCUGUGCAAAACUCAUUGAUUGACAAGGUCUAUCUUGUAUCAAUGUUGUAUGUUAUACAGCUCUCAUUUAAAUUAAGGCAUUGGGGCUCCUGAAUGUUUUUAAUAAGACUAUUGAAAAUCAAUAUGGAGGGAAGAGGGCUUGGAAUGCAAAAGGCUCUUUUGAAGCCUCUGCAGUGUUACUUUAUUCAGAGUCCCUCCAUACCAAUACACAGAGAUCAAAAAAGGGACUUUACUCGAAAAGGGUUCCCCCCCCUCUUCGUUAAUAAUCUGUAAUUACACCCCCGUAAUGACUCCUCUGGUACAGAUGCAGAAGAAGAAAUUAGUUAGGCAUACGAUAAUCGCAGCAGCGGCUAGCUCAGCUGUACAAUAGUUCAGGAACUAAUGCACUUGCUCCUGGAAGCCAGUUAUUCAUAGCAACUAGACUCCACAGCCCUUCAUAUGCAUUUUGCAUUACGGCACUAAAAUGUUCAGUAUUAUAGUGCUUCAUUUUUAACUCCUCUUUCCCAGCCGCACUGAGAACUUUGUUGACUUGUUUUGUUUUGGGAAAAGCUGUUGCUGGUCCCAGGUUCAUUCCCUGACAUCUCCAGGUAGGGAUGGCAAAGACUCAUUGUCUGAAAUCCGGCCUGAAGAGUGGCCAUGGAGCGGGAGGAGGUGGCACUGAUGAAGGUCAAGCAGGCCUGGCAGAGCCCAUGCAGCAGCACCGCAGGAACUGCACAUCAAGGAUGCAGUCCUGCUGGCUGUAGGGGUCUGUUUCACCAGCGUGUUUCCUACAGGGAAUGUGUUGGUGAAGCAGCACCCAGCAGGACUGGACUUUCCUCCUCUCUGUAGUGUAGUGGUUAAGAGCGGUAGACUCGUAAUCUGGGGAACCGGGUUCGCAUCUCCGCUCCUCCACAUGCAGCUGCUGGGUGACCUUGGGCUAGUCACGCUUCUUUGAAGUCUCUCAGCCCCACUCAGCUCACAGAGUGUUUGUUGUGGGGGAGGAAGGGAAAGGAGAAUGUUAGCCGCUUUGAGACUCCUUCGGGUAGUGAUAAAGCGGGAUAUCAAAUCCAAACUCUUCUUCUGUAGUGCAGUUAAGAGGACAGGAAAAGGAGGAGCAGUGCUUCCUUUCCCUGCUCCCCUCCUGAUUUAAUAGGUCUUUAAAAACUAAUUUAAAGUCGCACCCCCCCAAAAAUAUCGGGGCCUUAAACGGGUCAAGUGCUUCCAUGGUUCAGGUCAGGGGCAGUGCCCAGCCCCCAAACUUACAAAUUACACUAUCCAUCUAUAAAUCUCAGCAUGUUUUGUUUUCCAAACUUAUUGGGCAACAGUUCAUAGUCUGUUAUUUUCAUAGAUUAAACCCCCUAAGCAUUGUUGCAGAAUUGAAAGCCAAAUAUGGACCCUUGGGUGCAUACAGUCCCUUUGAAAAGCUGCUGAUUAAUCCAGAUCAAAAAGUUUAAUAAGCAGAAUAUAUCAAAUGUUAUCAUACUAAGGAUAAGCAGUUAUCCCCAACUUUUAAAAAGAAGUGGGAGGAAGAUUUACCGAUUGGUAAAUAGCAUAUGUAACUGGAAGAAUGGACUUGGUUAUUCAGCACAGUACUAUCAUUUUUAAUAAGUGUAUUUUGGAAAUUAUACAGGAAAUGUAAUUACCAAGAAAUUUCAAAACAAUUCUUUUGUAUACAAUCUGGGCAGAAGUGGAAAACUGGCAAACACUUAGUUAAAAAGGUAAAGGGACCCCUGGCCAUUAGGUCCAGUCAUGACCGACUCUGGGGUUGCGGCGCUCAUCUCGCUUUAUUGGCUGAGGGAGCCGGUGUACAGCUUCCGGGUCAUGUGGCCAGCAUGAAUAAGCCGCUUCUGGUGAACCAGAGCAGCGCACGGAAACGCCGUUUACCUUCCCGCCGGAGCGGUACCUAUUUAUCUACUUGCACUUUGACGUGCUUUCGAACUGCUAGGUUGGCAGGAGCAGGGACCAAGCAACGGGAGCUCACCCCAUUGCGGGGAUUCGAACCGCCGACCUUCUGAUUGGCAAGUCCUAGGCUCUGUGUUUUAACCCACAGCGCCACCCACGUCCCUUUACACUUAGUUACAUGGCUUCUAAUAUAUGUAAGACUAUGCCUUGGUCCUCACUGGAAAAAUAAAAACCACCUAUAUCAGAAUGGAUGAGGAAAAUAAGGCGAAAACAGCCUUGUUAUAUAAGUUAGUGUCUCAAAUGAGAACAGGGAUAAACAAUGAAGAAAAGAAAUAUGGGAAUGUGAGCACAAUUUGUAAGUUUAUGGAAAGUGAAAAUUAAAAAUUACUCUGUAAUUAUUUUCCAGUGCUGAAAAACAUGUUAUAAAAAUAACAUAUAAAAACGUGUAUGAGUGUGGAGGGAAAAUGUACAGUGUAUAUACUGGAGUUAGAUUUUCUAAUUCUUGCUUUUUCAUCAUCAUCACUAUCAUUGUGAACUUCAUAUUAAAAACAAACCAGUCAGCCUCACUUAGACAAUGCAUGCCUGUUUUACAUAUUUUCUCAGGUAGUGAAUAGAGUUUGAGGAAUAUUCUAGUGAUACUUCAUCGUAGGUAUUUGCAUAUACAGUGGUACCUCGGGUUACAUACGCUUCAGGUUACAGACUCCGCUAACCUAGAAGUAGUACCUCGGGUUAAGAACUUUGUUUCAGGAUGAGAACAGAAAUCGUGCUCCAGCAGCGCAGCGGCAGCCGGAGGCCCCAUUAGCUAAAGUGGUACCUCAGGUUAAGAACAGUUUCAGGUUAAGAACAGACCUCCAGAACGAAUUAAGUUCUAAACCCGAGGUACCACUGUAUAGUGGCAGUGCAUACCAAAUAUAUUUCUAAAGUUUUAGCAUUGUAAUGUUGAUUUCUUCAGUUCAAUUCAUAGGUCAUCCAACCCUUAGGGUGCUCUUUUAAACAUUUGAAGAAUAUCCUCCUUUCUGGGUGGUGAACUGGCUUGCUGUUUUAGAGCUGCACUUGAAAUAUCACAAAGUUAAGAGGCUGGUUGUUGUAGCCAACUAAGUUCUAUUCAAAUAGAGACACUGAAAAUAAUAAACAUAAGUGAAUCCUGACCAUUGGUUUCACUGGGUCUGCUUGGAGUAAGAUUAGCAUUGGACACAACCCUGUGUUCUUGAGGUAUUACAAACUCCUGUGUCUUGAACUGUCCUGUUAGGCAAAAUCUGAGAUAAUUUGUAAAAGUUUAUAAGACUGGAACUGUAUAUCAACAGUGAAAACUAAUAUAUAAUUUACAAACAAUUAAAUGACAUGGGAAUCUGCAAUCCCUUACUAUCCCUCCACUGUAGGAGGCCAGGAAGAAAUCACUUCUCUUUCCAUCUCUUAAAAUUGGAGCUGGGACUCCAACCGUCCAUCCAGCACAGUGCUGGAAGGGGGCAGAGGCUUGCUUUGGUUCACUACCUGGCAGAUGCUAAGAGUUGUGGUGUUCCUCGGGUGCAGAAGAAAGCUCAGGGUUGAAAGGGAGAAGUGGAGGGACAUCCGUUUUCUCUGAGCUCAGAAGGUCUCUCGGACACAGAGGGAAGUUGCAUAGCUCCAGCUCUGAGCUGCAAUGGGGAGUUGGAUUGCCUCUCUCUGCCUGUAGGGCCAGGUUUGGGUUCCUCUCUCUUCACAGAGCCAGGGUUCCAUCCUGCUGUGACAAGGGUGGGUGAGCACCUGCUCCUUACUCCUGAGCAAGUGUGAAGUGAUUUGCAACCUAAAUCAGCCUUCCUAGCAUCCUCUGUGUUUUGACCUGUGAAGUUUCAUGUGUACUAUGUAUGUUUAAUUGAAAUGAGUGGUGAAUUAAUAACAUGCCAUUCUUGUGAAAGAUGCUACUAAUAACUACUAUAGCUAACUUUAUCUUCCAUUUCUCUUUACGAACUGAAAACAGAUGCUCAAAUUGGCUGAUAUAUUUAAUACCCCAAGUGAUGAUGAAGAUUUUCUUGGGUUUGGAGCAGAUGUUCCCAUGGAAACACUGUCACCGGAAGACAGCUGUGAGAGUUUUGAUUCACUAGAGUCAAGAAAAAAGGUAGGGAAAUCUUGUAAAUCUCCUAUAAAUCUGAAACAUUAUAUUUAACCAUGGUGAAAACUAAAAUAGAUUAUCCUUCUUCUGAAAUUGUUUUCUAAAAAUGCUUUUGGAAUGUAGUGCUUUUGACUUUUUGCAUAGACUAUCUAUUGAAGAUUAAACACCCUUAAGUGCAUUCUUUAGAAGUUGUUGUUUAGUCGUGUCCGACUCUUCAUGACCCCAUGGACCAGAGCACACCAGGCACUCCUGUCUUCCACUGCCUCCCGCAGUUUGAUCAAACUCAUGCUGGUAGCCUCGAGAACACUGUCCAGCCAUCUCGUCCUCUGUCGUCCCCUUCUCCGUGUGCCCUCAAUCUUUCCCAAUAUCAGGGUCUUUUCCAGGGAGUCUUCUCUUCUCAUGAGGUGGCCGAAGACUACCUCUUAAUAAAUCUACACAUUAAACCUAAGGUUGGUCAAAGCAUUCUUUGCUUUUAUCAUUCCUACUGCAAUUUGUUAAACUGACCUCAGAGAUCAAAGCAGCAGCUAUUACUAAAUCACAUUCAAGCAAAUAUCUGGGUGAAUUAUCUUCUCCACCAAGUUGAAAAUUAACCAUAAACUGCUAAAGGGCAGUGGUAUGCAUAUAUUUAGGGUAUAGUCAUGUCCUAAGCCUUGCUGUAAUCAGAAUCAAGCAAGUUUAACAUGGGAGACAUAAUCAAGUCCUUACUAUCUGAAACACGGUGAAGUCCAUGUAUUAAAGAGAUUUAGAUUUAGGAGACUUGAAUUUAAGUCCUACCUCUGCAACAAACAAGUUUUUCAGUGCUUUUCUGCCAUGUCAACAUUCCUCUUUCAAUCUGUAUCAACUAUAAAUACAAUUUCUCAUUUAAAGUAACUUUCCUUUUGUGUGUACGCCCCCCCCCACUCUGAAGCAGCUGCACCGCAGCUAUCAGCAGAAGAAGUAAUUUUACAAAGAGAACCCCUCCAAUUAUCAUAGGAGAUGAUUUUCGAGUUUAAAGGAACAGUAUAUAAAUGAUUCUUUCUCUUGUGUUCCCCUCAAAGUUUUUCUCUUAAUCUAUUGUAACUGUUUUUCACUUACAUUAUCUCAGUAUAAAGAAGUGUAUAAUUAAAUACAGGGAAGUGAGGGCAGCAUUGUAAAAGGAAAUAAAGAUAUUUAGUGAAGUGCAGUUGUAUGAAAGGUCAUUUAGUCUUGCAUGGCAGGAGGAAGCGGCAAAGAAAAACAAGGGAACUGCUCUCAUAAUGCACAGUUGUGACUCUCCAAAGAUUGAUGUUUUCUGCAUAUGCAUGCGAGUUCCGCAUCCCCCGCCCUACAGUAGCCUUAGAAUGAAAGCCUUAGAAAGGUAGAAAGAUUGACAGGUGCUUUGAAAUAUUUUCUUUUACAAACCCCUCCACCUGAUUUCAUAAAGUUCAUUGUGACUCUUCUAUGUGCAUAGUAAAACAAAAUUUGAGUUAAAACAACUUGCAAGGAAAAAAACACCACACCUCUAUAACUUUUUGAUGCUAGAGCAAUAAUGGGAAGUUAUUUACUUACACUGUGUGAGUAUGGGAUGGUGGGGACAGGGAGGGAGGGGCAGAUCCACACCAUACAUUUAAAACACUUCCAACAAAGAUAUAAAGCACAUGACUUCCCCCCAAGAACCCUGGGAUCUGUAGUUUCCACCCUUACAAAGCUGGCUCUCAGCACCCUUAACAAACUACAGUUCUCAGGAUUCUUCAGGGGGAGUCACGAGCUUUAAUGUGUGCUACAUAUGUUUUAAAUGUUGUGUCAGAAAUGUUGGCCAGAGAGAGACAGACAUUCAGACUGUGUUAACAUAUUGGCUUGACCUUAAGAAAGUCAUGGAAGGAAACUUCCUUGUCCUUUCCUGCCGUUCUGAGAAAGCUCUGGAUGGGCACAAGGUGGGAAGGCUCAUGAGGGGCUGAAGGGGUAGGAGCAAUUGCCCCAAGUAAGUCUUGGGUCCCUUUCUUCCCCCUUUCUCCCUUCUCCCACACCGUCCCCAUAUGUCAGUUUGAUAACCUUAUGCUGCAUUAACCGUUUUCAUGUCUCAGCUGAUUUAAUUUUUUUAAUUAAUAAAUGAAUGGAAGGUAAGCCUAUUGUGUCCCCCCCCCCCCAUACAUUGUUCAGGGAGGCAUCUUUAUAAUGGCUACAGAGCUGGGGAAGGGAUGGGAAGUUUUUCUUCCUUCAGCUUUCUAAAGUUAUCUUAGUAUUCAAGCCAAUGAGUAGACAUUUUAAACACACAUCAAUGGAAGGAGAAAGUUGCAUUUUCCAAAGGGAGGGGAGCAGGAAGGAGUUGCUCACCUGAAUUAUCUUGGUUGCUUUAUCCAGGGUUGCAUUUACCCUCCCAUCUCCUUCAGCUGGGUUUUGUUCUUUCCCGGUUCACAUCCUCUAUGCAGUAAACUGUUAAGUAGUCUACUCUGAUUUUGAUAAGAUCUUUGGCUGUUUUCCUUUUUGCUUCAUUGUUCAGGGAACAAUGUGUUUUGUGCUUGGUGUUGCAGGACAUUCAUUGUCAGCCCAAGUACCUGACUGAGAAACUGAGAGAGAUUUUCAGGGAAGACACUGAGUCAGAAAAUGAAGCGUUCGAAGGAUUUGAAGUAAAUGGAGAGGAUGAUAUGGAGGUACAGGCCACAUUUUUCAUAGUAUUUAUCUUCAUAUACCUUUGUUUCUCCUGUGGAUUUGCCUCUUGUUUUAAUAAAUAUUGUGGUUUAGGACUGUGACUUGCACUGAGGUUCAGGACUGAGAAGGCGGCAAAAAAUUGAUUGAAACUUACAGCCUACUAAACAAGAUUUUCUCAUACCCCUUCUCACAUUGAGCUUUGCAGUGUGGGUACUGCUGCAAUUUAUCUCCUUUCUAUACCAUAAAGGUAACAUCAGAACUGGUAACCAAUGCUGCAGCUCCUUCCAAUGUCACUGUUGGCCUACUGUCCAGAGGAGGAGGUUUCUCCCAAGUAGCACGGUCUGGGUCUUCUGACAUUCCUUUUGUCAUGUGAAACUGAGUUGUUAUUGUGCAGUGAAGGGACAGUAAGAUUUAAAUCCCAGUUUGAACUCUCCAAGAUCUUAGGCAUACAACUUCUACUUGCUACGUACGUGUGUGUGUGUGUGUGUGUGUGUGUGUGUGUGUGUGUGUGUUUGUAUGUAUAUAUAUAUAUAUAUGUAUAUGGAGAUGUGAAGGAUUGAAUGCCACAGAGCUGUGAUCCUCAACCUGGAAUUAUUUAUUGCAAAACAGUGUUGCGCAUAGCUGCCCAGAAGUAAUGUCCUUUGUGUUCAGUGAGACUUACUUCCAGGCAAAUGUGUAUAAGGAUUACAGCCUAAAUUAAUGGCAAGCUUAGUUCUGCCCCCACAACUAAUUUCUGUGCAUUAAGUGUAAUGCAUUAUUUGUUGAAGGACUUUAGAUAAAGUAUGGUGCCUGUGAAGUCAGUAGUGUUUCUGCAAUUAAUUCACUGUCUAUUCUAGAGCCUCAUUUUGGUCUAUAAUUGAGCACCAUCGUGAUCUAUAACAUUCUUGGCCUUGUUUUGUUGCAGCACAUACAAGGAGUGAUGUGUCCCUAUGCUCAAUGCUGUCUUGAUUUACAUGAAGUUUGUCCAUUUAAAUUAAAAGUCAGAUUACUUUUAAAAACAUGCAUUUUCAGUAAGGCCUGUGUAGAAAUAAUGAAAAUGGUGUUUUUCAUUCAUUAGUGGAACUGGAAAUCAUUGCAUGAUAGAUGCAAUUUUAUUAUACAUUGUUUCAUGCAUUGUUUUUAGGCAGUGGAAUCAGAUCCAGAAAAUGAUCCAUUAUCCUUGAUGGUGGCAGAACCAGAAGAAGAAGUGGAGGCGGAGGAAGGCAGAGCAAAUGCUUCCUCCAGGAGAAGUAGCUUUGGCCUUCGUGUGGCAUUGCAGUUUCCUACCAAAAAAUCUGCUGAGAAGAGGGCACCUAAAAGACGUUCUUCUAAGUUCUGCUUGAUGGACAGUAAACACCCUUGCUCUCUUACACAAAUAAAAAAGAAUAAAACUUGGAAAGUGGCAGAUCAGGAAGCAUCUUCAGGGUCAGAGGAAGAUUCUAAAGAGGAAGAUUCUAAAGAGGCAUCAAAUGAAAGCUCUAGUGCACUGCUUAAAAGAGCCAUGAAUAUAAAAGAAAAUAAAGCCAUGGUAAGAACUGGGAUGCAGGUGACAUUGUCAUACACUAACUGUAAAAAUAUAUUUCAACACUCUUAGUUUGCACUAAUAACGAAGAAGACGGAAGGAAAUUGCAGGCUGCUAUGGACAUGACAGUUCUAGACCCAAAAGUAUAUGUACAGUGGUACCUCGCAAGACGAAUGCCUCGCAAGACGAAAAACGUGCAAGACAAAAGCGUUUUUCGUUUUUUGAGUUGCUUCGCAAGACGAAUUUCCCUAUGGGCUUGCUUCGCAAGACGAAAAACGAAAACGUCUUGCAAGUUUGUUUCCUUUUUCUUAAAACCGUUAAUACCCUAUGGGAAACUGUGCUCUUCGCAAGACAAAAAAACUCGCAAGACGAAAAAACUCGCAGAACGAAUUAAUUUCGUCUUGCGAGGCACCACUGUAUGUUUAAAAAUUUAAUUUGCCUUACCUUACUUUAUCAGUGCGCAACACAAAACACAUAGCCCGUUAUAGUCAAACUGAAAAAGCUUUCUGGAACAAAAAUGUGGGCAGGCUGCUCACAAUAUAAGCACCAACACUAUGAAUGCCUAGCCCUAUGCAUGCUCAGGUCAGACCUCUCUAAAAGAAGGCACAAAGUACCUUGAAUUGAAUCUGAAAGCAACUGUUAAUAGCAGCAUUUGGUCAUGCCACUGAACCACGGAUAGGGAACUGGCAUACCUUCAAAAUUUGAUGAAUAAAGGGUCACAGAUUUCCCAUUCCUCUUCUAAAGUAUGGCUGAGCAGUAUGAGAAUGAGCCUUAAGUUUCUGGGCUCUCCAACUCUUUGCAGGUACUAACACCAGAAGAUCAGAAUUUUCUAUUUGUUUUAGAUUAAGCACAGUUUGCAAAGUCAGCCAAAUUCUAAACCCUGGCUACUCUAAGUGAAAACAAGCUGGCUUCAUAAACUAUGAUUUGAAGUUGCUUGUUUCUGCUAACCACAGUUAGUCCGUGUUUGGAUGUCAGCAAGCUAAGUUAAUCUAAAACAGAAGAACUUUUGAAUGCUUUCUUACAGUGCAGGUGGGGUGCAUAUUCUGUGGCAUACAGCUUUAUUCAAAGGAAGCACCACAUUACAGUAUCUUCUCCUUUCAAGUUAAUGACAAAACCCAUCCACACCGGAUUAAUAUGUGGAGUCAUUGCAAUUUUGAAAAUGUGCACUUUAAUUUUGGCAUUUUGAAAACACACUUUGAAACUGAACAACUAUAAAAAGAUUUACUUAAGAUGUAGCAUUACAGGACUUACAAUUUCACAUCAAAGAAACCAUAAUAAUUUACACAGAGAAAUGGAAAAACAAGAAGAAAAAAAAAGAAAAUUUCAAAGGACAAUGCAUAUAUUAAAUAUACAGAAGAAAUUCCGUGUCAUUUUUCUCAUUUCAGCUUGCUCAGUUAUUAGCGGAACUGAAUUCUAUACCUGACUUAUUUCCAGUGAAAACCCCUACCUCAACUCCUUCGGUAGGUAUCAGGUACUUUUGGGAAACCUGCAAUGCACUGCUAAGAUUGGCUGUGUGGCUUUCUUUCUGUAUUUUCCAAUAGGUGCUACCCCCCCCCCCAACCCGGUGAUACAGUGCUGUUUAAACUGCUUCUUAGGAGACAUUCUGGACUUAGAUUUUCAGGCCAAGAUUAAAAACAGAUAUCAUGUCUGUUAUGAAGUGUGUGCAUACAGAAAUACCAGCUUUUCCCUUCAUAUACAUAUGACUAGGAAAUUAUUGGGCUCUCACUAGUGUAUUUUGUGACUUUUCCCUUCCAGUUACUAUACAAUUGCAUUCUUUCAUAACCAGCUUUACGUUAUAUGCAUUUAUUCUGUUUAGAUGAUUCAGAAAGAAUAAAUGUGUUUAAAAAACCCCUGCAAAUUAACUGAAAGGUACGAGGAGCAACUUCGUACAGUUUUGUGCAUCUCCUUUUUACACUACUACACUACUACAAGAAUUGCUACUGUAGCAUUAACAGCCAUAAGAAAAGGGCCAAGUUAGACAUAAUGAUGAACACUGUGAAUGGAUCUCCAUCUCAGACUUUUAUAAAAAGCAACCAUGGAGCAGUGGGAUUAGCCCUCCCCCUCCUAGGACAUUAUCCUGUUGAAUAUAUCUACUUAUCAAUUGGGGAAAAACCAUGCAAAUGCUGUUAGGCAUUGCAUGUGUUUCCAGUUGGGGCAAAUAGCAGCCAAGAAAAAGGAGAGCAUGGCUGAAAUGUUCAGUGGAGAAAGGGGUUAAUCCCUUCCCCCAGGAUCCCAGAUCAGAAUGGAGGAGUGCAGCUGCUAUUUGUAGAAGUGUAAAAUGCAUUUGCGCUAUCAAUUGUAGUUUGGCCCAAAUAAGUUCAUUUUAUAUGUGGAGAUUGGCACUGUGGUAUAAAACAAGACCCUCAAAAGGGUGAAUUUGGAAAGGUUAAAGAAGUUGCAUCUAUUCAUUAACACAAACAGGUAAAGGCACUACUGCUGCUACAUUCUACAAAAUUAAAACAGAUCUAUGGUGACUCAUUAAAACGCUCUGGUUUUUUCUAGAAACAGAAGAAAACGCCAAGGAGAAUGUUUUCAGAAGGCCACAUAGAGCGUCGAACAAACCCAACCAGAAAUGCUCGUCCCCCAGAGAAAUUUGCCUUGGAAAACUUCACUGCUUCUGCAGUCAGAUUUGCAGAGCAGCUUAACAGUUUCAGACAACAAAAGCUCUUAAAGAAAAGACUAAAAGGGGUACAUACCAGACUAGUUCAAUUUUUAGUUUGUGUUGCUUUUAGAAACCACCUCACCUAACCCCAGAGUAUUUUUGGUAACAAGGACUGGAACACUAAGGGCAAAGUGAUCCGAAAACAAGCCAGUAUUUUAUUGCAGCCAAAUAGAAUAGGCUGUGGUGUGUGCUUGGUAGCAACUUGUGUUUGGUGCCUAUGAAAGUAUCUCAGGUUUGUAAAUGGGUCUCAAAAGGUUGGUGAUUGGAUUAGUUCUUUUCGGGAGGGGGGAUUAGUUCAUUUGUUUUUAUUAUAAGCUAUAGAAAAUAAUGGAUGCUGUAAAUGAAAAACCAGUAUUAUACAUUAUAGUAGAUCAAAUAGAAUAUUUUUAUUCCUAUAUGUAGUAUGUAUUGUAUUUUAAAGAAAUGCAAUAUGAAUCCUAAAAUACUGCUCAUGAGGGGAGGGGGAUAUUCUACAUUUUUGUAGCACAGUUUGGAAUGGAAUAUCUAUAUAUGUAAUGUGCACAAUAUAGGAAAGAAAUGAGACUCCUCCUUUCUAGAGUGAUAAGGUUAGGAAGUGAGGCUGAGCUGAGCACAAAGAGUAUAGGGAGGUUGGGUUUUUUAUUUAAGUUGAGUUCCAAGCAGACAAUUUGAGGAGGAAAGGAAAAAGAAGCACACUGAGUUGCAGGGGAAACACCUGCAUGAAUAAUGAGACGGAUUGCGCUUGCUAUUUAUUUAUUUGGUUUUUAUUGUUCUUAAAAUAGUGGAGCAUAAAGUCAUUGGUUUAGAGACGUUGAUGUGAGUUUCUUUCAUAGAACAAUUUGGGGACACCUAAAAGACGAAGAUCAUCAAAAUACUGUUCAAACCGAACAGUUGAAGAUAUUACAGACGAAGAUUUAGAAAACAUUGCAAUAACAGUUAAAGAUAAAAUCUACGAUAAAGUCCUGGUAGGUGCAUCUCUUCUUCUUGGGUUUGAUGAAACUAAUUUUUUGAGCACAUGUAAUGCUUGAGAUUAAGCUAUUUUGACUUCUUUAGUACGCUGAAUGUUCUUUACAUGGCGUUAAAAUAAAUUGCCACAGCACUGUUUGUAUUGAUCUAGAUGUGUCCUUUCCUGCUGGUUGCAUGUAGAAGACACCCAGUAAACAGUGGGAGACUGUAAACCCACUUUUAGGAGGGUCAUGUAGCAUCAGACCAAUGGCACCAGGCAUCUCCUGAGCCUCUACCCUCAUUUAUUCUUUGCCUUGCUGUCAGAAAAAGAAUUUCUUAGCCACCAGGCUUGGGGUGGAGGCUGUCAUGUGGAAGGAUGUUCUACGAAGUGUUGAAUGAUUAUGAGAGAGCUUAUUGCAUAAAUGGCUGGAGCUGCAAGGUAUCUUCCCUCCCAUUAGUCCUCCAAAUGUUAGCUGCACUCUCGUCAUGUUUUUGUGUGUGGACACUAUGACAAAGUGUGGCAGAACAGACAGGGCAGGGCGUGCUUCUGAUAUCCAUCAGUGGACUUGCCCACCCGGUCAGGGUAUUAAUAGAAAAACAACUGUCUUUCUAUUAGCCCUUUAAAAAUUUUUAUUUUUAAUUUCAAGUAACAAAACAUGCCCAUACAGGGAAACAAAUGUUUUACAGAAAAGAAAGAAAAAUAGUAGCUAAUGUGUAGUUUUAGGCGUUUCAAGAAAGGCAAUCGAAUGCUGACAUAUAGGUAUAGUUUUUCGAUUGGCUAUGCACCAAACAUCAAAGGAAUUGUGUUUAUGUAGUAUGUUGUAGAGGGAUGUUUUCAAAGAAGGCAGUUUGUGUGGGUUUUGAGACAUUCUGCUUUUAUCAAAAAUAAUAAUUAAGUACAAGAUGUAAGUUACCACCUAUUCCCGCUUUACCUUGUUUAAAUGAAUGCAGUAAUGUAAAAGUUUCAUCCAGAAAUUGUUCUUGUCAGGUAUUGCGAACAUAAAUAGAGCAUAAUGUUGAACAGGAAUAAUCAAACAGACCUUGGAGGAAGAUAAAUCUUACAUUAGGGUCUUUUAACUGAAACCCAGACCUCCCUGCAUUUUGCUGACCUCCCUGCAUUUUGGAAGCGCCUUGUGAGGUGUACCAUUCCAACUCCGCUUUGGAGAAAGGAUUUUGUAUCAGUGUUUUUGUUGGUGUGUGUCUUGUUAAAAAAUAAGGUCGGGGUUAUCUUGCUCUAAAGCAGACCAUACCCUUUUAACUGGCGUACCCAGGCCAUUUACAUUACAUUACUGCAAUUAAGUAUGGCACUGUCAGAGGUGUGGCAAGGUCAGUGCAGAUUUUUUUUGUCACCCCCCUCACACUGGGGUGCUCGGGGUAGGCUUGGGAGUCGUGGGUGCGUGGCGUGCCGAAUGUCACCCCCCUCAGCGAUGACACCUGGGGUGGCCCGCAACCCCCUUCCUACGCCUCUGGGCACUGUAAGGUUAAUUUAAAAUUAUGCAGCCUGUACCAGACAAUAUAUCUAUUAUGCAUCAUAGUAAUUUCAGUGUUAUCAUAUUCCAUCAGCACAAAAUAAAUACAGUGGUACCGCCGGUUGCGAACUGGAUCCGUUCUGGAGGUCCGGCUGUAUCCCGAAGUUUUCACAACUGGAGAGACCACUUCUGUGGAUGCCGCAAAACACUUCCGGGUUUGUCGCUUUUGCAACCCGAAGUUUACGUUACCUGAGGUUCCAUUGUAUGCUUUGAAUUCCCAAAAGGGAGUAACUUCAACAUUCAAACUCCUUCCCAACAGAAUAAUUCCUGUGUAUGUUGGCUGAGAGUAUAAUAGUCUGUCUUUUCCCUCAUAAGCCAAAGGCUCAUGAGCCAGGGUGCAAUUGGAGGAUGUAAGCAUUAACCACCUCCCCACAGAAGAAGAAAAUGUUUUACCUUAUGUCGCUCACAAAAUAAGAGAAUAAUAGCCCAGUUCUUGUCUGUUUUGGCUAUAGAGCUCAUAGCUCUUGGUAAGACUUAGUUGGUAAUUUCAGUGGGACCACAGACAGAGAAGUCAUCUUUGUGCCGGUGGUUUAUUCCCUUUUUCCCAAUUGACUGUCCUUUUCUGAAUUCUGUUCCAUCCCCUUCUCUCAGUUGUUUGAUUGCAGUCCCAGUUGAUUUAAUAAUUUUGUAGUUUCCAGUUGUGUGGAGACAGCUAUAGUUACUCCUUCAUAUGUUUUUAGGAGUUUGUAUGCGUAACUCCACCAGUACUUUAUGCCUGUUUCACAGAGUGCUGUGGUGUAAAUUUUAAGUUCACAUCUGCCUUGCAGCAUUCCCGAGCAGAGAUGUCUACCAUUGAAUUUUCUAUUAUGAUUUUUUUUUUGCAUUGUUCUGAGCUUUUGAUAUAAAUCAAACUUUAACUUAUGAAGGAGCUAAAGCGAACAAUGAUGUUUCUCAGGGGCUUAGCAUUUUUUUGUUUCGGAUGGAGUGCUCCUGUGUAUUCUCUUGGUGUGUGGGCAGGGGGUGGGGAGCCUAGUUGCACUAGCAGUAAUAUUGUAAAAUUCUGUGGAAGCAUCAUCUGAAUUGGUUCAAGAAGUUACCGUGUUUUAUUUCCACACACUGUUCCUUUAUAUAAUUCUCCUUUUUACUGUGCUCAUGCUAGGGAAGCACGUGCCAUCAGUGUCGACAGAAGACUAUCGAUACUAAGACAGUUUGUCGUAACGAAGGCUGUGGGGGUGUGAGGGGACAGUUCUGCGGACCAUGCCUACGUAAUCGCUAUGGAGAAGAUGUGAAAGCAGCACUUCUAGACCCAGUAGGUAUCUAAACUGUUCAGGUUGAGGGAUAUCAAUCAAUGUAUUGUCAAGCUACUUAAAUUAUGGGAGCUCUCGUAGAUGCAUUGCUAGCAUACGAGUCUUAAAAAACAUGAUACCCUUGUGUCUCUACCUCCCUUCCUGUUUCUGUGCUAAGCCAGAGCACCUAUAUUUGUUGACUAAAAUAAUUAAUGCCCCUUUCUCUCUAAGGACUGGUUCUGCCCUCCGUGCCGUGGGAUCUGUAACUGCAGCUACUGUCGCAAACGUGAUGGUCGUUGUGCCACAGGAAUGCUCAUUCACUUGGCAAAGUUUUACGGUUAUGAUAAUGUAAAAGAAUAUCUCGAAAGGUAGGAAGCUAUUGGAAUUUUAUAUCAGUAGUAUGCAUCCAGAUUUUGUUUGGAUUUACACAGGUGAUAAAAGCUGUAAGAAACUGAAACACAGAAGUACAUGAGGAACCACUGAACUUUGGUAUUUUGGGAAUAUGGCAGGUAACAAAGAACUUCCCAGUCAGUAACUGAACUAUAUGGGUUUCAUAGUCUGUUCGUUACAUACCAGAGACACUCUCAUCUCAAAGCAUGAGUUCUGCUUUGGAAGUACACAUAAGCAUGAGUUGCUUGUGGAUUUUCCAUAAAUUCUGAAAUUAGCCUACUUAUCUGAAUGUCUAUUUGUGUUUGUACCUAAUGCUAGAUAACUCAUCUUGAGUAGAGGUACCGUAUUUUUCGCUCUAUAGGACGCACUUUGUUUUAGAGGGGGAGAACAAGGGGAAAAAAAAUCUCCCCCUCUCUGCUCAGCGCCCCUUCAGCGAAGCAGCAGGAGAAACGGAGCCCCUUCCAUUUCUCCUGCCGCUUCGCUGAAGGGGCGCUGAGCAGAGAGGGGGAGAAUUUUUUUUCUUGUUCUCCCCCUCUAAAACAAGGUGCGUUCUGUGCAUUCACUCGGAGCGCAGCGGGAGUUCCCACUGGGCUCCGGAGGCUUCAGGUUCCUUUCGACCUGCUCUUUGGGGCUGGCGGGGGGAAGCGCUGCUUUCCUCCACCGCCAGCCCCAAAGAGCAGGUCGGGGAGCAGCGCAAAGGCUGUGUGCAGCCUUCCCGCUGCCCCCCGAGCUUGUGGGGCUGGCGGUGGGGGGAGGCGCUGCUUUCCCCCACCGCCAGCCUCAAAGAACCCUGAAGCCUUUGGAGCGCAGGGCGAGUUCCCGCUGCACUCCGCAGGCUUUGGGUUCCUUUUGCUGAAGCCGGGAGAGCUAGACUCUCCUGGCUUCAGAGAAAGGAACCUGAAGCCUUUGGAGCGCAGCGGGAACUCGCACUGCGCUUCAAAGGCUUCAGGCGGCUAUCCCUGAAGCACGAGAGGGGUCAUCUGACCCCUCUUGCUCUCCAGGCUUCAGUGAAAGCCUGCAUUUGCCCCAUAGGACGCACACACAUUUCCCCUUAAUUUUUGGAGGGGGAAAAGUGCGUCCUAUAGAGCGAAAAAUACGGUACUUUAUAGCAGUCCAACUUGGCCUGUGGUUUGUUCAAGUCCCCCACUUUCCUGAUUCAGUAUUAGAAAAUCAAGAAAUGGCUAUAACCUUUUUUCCCUUUGACAGAGAUGAGUGAAAAUUUCAGACAAAGUAAGUCUAGGGGCUUUUGUGCUGAGCAUCUUAAGGCACUGACUGUAUAACUUGUUAUUUUGGGGCAGAAUUGGAUGAAAUCUGCAGACAAGUUGCUCUUCUGAGGGAAUGAAUCCUGCCAAAUUUUAGAAGGAUGGCUGAAGUGCUUUUCCUGCAAGGGCAGCCUUUUACAUUUUUGGGGUGGAGGAAGGAACCCUGCCCUGUGAGGUACAGGAGAAAGCUGUCACCUCCUCCUGUGCCUGCCUUUGCUGAGGCAGCCCCAUGAAUGCUCUGUUCAUGCAGCUGCCGCCUUGGCACGGCCAGCCUCUUCCUCCUGGGAGAAAGGGGGAGCCUGCCCAGCUGCCCCAAGGCAGUUGAGGCACAGGUGGGUGGCUUCAUUAAACUGCUCCACUGAGGGGCUUGCACAUCAGCAGAGCAGUUUCACAAAGCCCCCGCUAGCUGAAAGUGGGGGGACUUGAUCAGCUGAGAAGCGGACUGUUGAAGGAAGGCUGCUUCUCAGCUCAUCAAGUCCGAGUGGGGGCUUUGUUAAACUGUUCCACUGAGCUGCAUGCCCUUCAGUGGUAUGGUGGCAGAGGGACGCGGGAGCGGUGGCUGCUUAAUCUACGAUAUAUCACCGUCACGCUCUGCCCCUCAUAAAACAGUCCCAUUCUGCUUUUUCUUUUUCAGCUUGCAAAAGCAACUUGCUGAAGAUGAUUGAAAAUACCAGAUUGCAAACCUUCUCGACUUUUUCUUUUCUUUUUGUACUUAAUCAGAGUUUUACUACAAUGAUGUUUAUAAAAUAUAGGACAGAAGUCAUUACUUUUAAAAAUAGAUAUUGUACAUAUGACAAAGAUUUCUCAGGAAAAUACCUGCUAAAGGAAUCUGUGUUGUGCAUUAUUGUCACAGUAUGCUGCAAAAAACUUUGGAGACUAAAACAGCUUCCAUUCAUUACUAUGGAGGUUUUUUUGCUGCUUAGAAAUAGACUCCAGCAGCCAAUGGUUUAAUAUUCUACAUAGGUGCAAAUAGCUGCAGUCUAUUGCUUUUAAAAAAGGGAUGAAGCACCUGUAUUACUUUAGUUGUUGGACUACAACUGCCAUAAUCCCUGUCAAUUGAGUCAGGAGUCCAGCCACACAGUAGGGCCACAAGUAUUUUAGAAACAGUGCUAGAGCAACGUAUUAUUUGCCAGAGGGAGAAUUCCUAGAAUCCUACUGUUUAUUAUUUCAACUGCAACAAAUCUCUUUGGCAUAUUAGUUAAACUAAACCUACCCCAAAAUAUUAAUUCCCAUAUAAGUAGGUGUUACUUCAAAAGCUUUUAAACUCCUGGGGGCCACCGUUCCAAGUUAGCCUGCACCUACACACCAUAGCCAGGAUAUGCAUAUCCUUCUACACAGUCACGUGCAUGCAGGUUGUGAGAACUGCAAAAGGAGAUCGAACGUGGUGCAGACAGGCAGUACAUUGGCUGUUGCAGCAAACUGAUUGUGGCAAUAAGAUGACUACUUUAUACACUGGAGUAUUUAACCUAAGGUUUAUUUUAAUAUAUUUUUAUAUUGAUGUUAAAAUGAUCAGGACAGCACAUUUCUUGAGGUACACAUCCUUUAAAGAUAUUUUUUUUUGUACCUCUGCCUACAAACGAUGUUUCAGGUGUAAGUUGCACACACCGUUAAAUUACUCAUCUGCUUUUGAGAUGUCUAGUUGUAGGUGCAUUUUUAUGUUCUGCAUAUUAGAGAGCUUUGAUAUUAAGCAGUGUGUCACUAUCCCCUAGGGCUGCGUGUGAUAACGCCAAGCAAUAACAGAGCAAUAUACAUGAUAUUUCAACAUGAACAGAGCUCUCCUGCUCAAACUCUUAUACCGUAGCAAAGGCUGGGCUAGAAUUUUGUACCUGCUAAACUGCCAGAAGCAAGGCUACUCCGGCAAGCACCCACUUAGCUGGCUUUUCUUUGCUUUUGAGGUUAAAAGUCCAGACAUAUGUAGGCCCUCUAAUUUUCGUUUUAUAAACUGGGCAUUUAUAAAUGUUUUUCGUUUCUUGCCUGUCUGCUGGGAUGGCUCUUACAAAGAUGACUGGCAUUGCUGGAGUCAACUCCUUUAGUCGGGCUUCAGCUAUGACUCCAGCUUGAAUGUCCCAUCUAGCGCCUGUAACCAGAGAAACACAGUUUUUUACUUAAAUUUUAAAAAGAGUAGUUUAAGAGAAUACCAUUGAAUGUAUCUCUGGGGGUUAUAUCACUAGUAUAGUAAACACAGCCAUAGCAUAAUGCCAGGCAUGUGCUGACUCGCAGAUUUUUUGAAUACUGUAGAGAAUACUGGGAGUGUUUAUAUCUUCAAGUAAGGACCUAUAGAAGUGCGUGGAAGGGUUCUCAGCUAAUAUAAAAUGCUGCAUAAUAGUAGUGAAUUUAACAAUAAAACAGUAGUAUUUAAUUUUGUUCUGUAAGGGUAGCCAGUGUGGUGCCUCCAGAUGUUAGUGGACUACAGUUUCUAUCAUUCAUGACCAUUCUGGGUCAUUAAUUGCCAGAGGGCACAAUAGUGGCUACCUCUGGUAUAAGACAUCUGGUAUUCUGUUGAAACAGUGGGUCAACCUAUUGAGUGUGGCUUUUUCAGAGAAGAUUGCUAGCACCUCAUUUCAUGUAAGCUUUCAAAAUUGGAACAGCAGAAAAGAAUAUAAACUUGAUUUCUCACUCCUUUGUACCAUUUGGGCUGCACAGCACCCUUGAAGGAAAAAGACAAGUGUUUAGACCUCCAUCAACAGCUUCUGGAUUGCAACAUUGGUACUUGUUGUAUACUUUCAUUUUCUGUGUCUGACCCAUUUCAUGAGUGGGUGCCUAAAUCUACAUUUCAUUUUUGAGUCCAUAAUGCUUACCGACUCUAGUAAACUUACCUUCCAUAAAAAGGCCAAAUAUAUAUGCCCCUUCCCUUGGUGGAUGACCAUAGUCCUCUCUACUUUUUUUGGUAACAUCCGUAGUCAGACACAUCUUAUCCAGAGACCAGUUGUUCUUCCGUGCCAUGCUUUGCAUAAUGGCUUUCAAGGGGAAAAAAUGGGUUAGGUGGAUGUAUCAUUUUAUGGCUAAAAACUAUGACUGUGGGUGGUGUGGGGUAAUCUUAAACAUAGCAAAGAACAUAUAAUUAACCUAACUCUGCUGCAAGAAUAAAUCUACAUUUUCUUAAAAAUCUGGGCCUAUUGUUGUUUUUUUUGUGUGUCACAGAUUUUUGCAGAAGCAAUGUAUUCCCACUGAAAUAAAAUGAUCCUAGAUGCACAGUCAUUUUGCAAUCUAGUUACAUGCUUUCUACAGAAGUGAACUGCUAAACUUUUCUCGAUUGUGGAAAUAGUAUUGUAAUUAAUAGAACCUAAUUUAAUAUAAUUUUAGUGCAUUUUUAAGAUAUCUUAAAUUAUGCUUCCAUCCUGGCUCUCAUCCAAGUAGUGAUAAGGCCCCAUGCCUGCUUAUUAUAUUCAGCCGCGUUACAGCUUUUGAUACUUCUAGAUCGUGCUAUCUCAAGUAUUACUUAAAUCAUUGCUGAUUCAGUAUGUCACUCAAUUGUCAGUGCCUUGACUUACAGCAUUUUAGCCCUGAUGAAAGUUUUAUAAUGAAGUGCUCUCAUUUGUUCCAUCUGUAAUACACUAGCACUUCAUAUUCAUAUUUCUUAAGAGCUAGUUACAUUGGAAAUUCCACAAAGGUAACCCUCAGUAAGCCAUUACAUAAAAAUUGUAGCCCUACUGUGCGAUCUAAUUUACUUGACCUUUAUAAGUCAAUAGUACAUACCAGUCAAAAAAGACUGAGGGUUAAAAAAGCCAGAAAGCCACACCACUGCAGGAAGUACUAGAUCUUGUGUCCAGAUAUCAAGUUCUCGGCAUCGCAUGAGAAGGUCGUUAAACCUGAAGGAAAAGCAGCAAAGGGAUCAACGUGUCAUGAGAAGUGAUAAUUUAAAAAACAAAAUUGUGAUUUGCUAGCCUAUAAUCUAUAGCCUUUUGUUGGUGGAUUAUUAUUACUUCUCUUAAGGGAUUGUGUUUUCAUGGCAGACAUGAAACUAAUGAAUGGGGCAACUGUGCCCUCCUUUUGUAUCUUUACCCGAGAUGUAAGAAUGCAGUCUUUCAAUAAUAAUUGGAGGUACCCACAUCCCCUGCCUUUAGAUGUAUCCUGGAAAAAGAGGCCUCCACCCUCUUAAAUCCUGAAACAUUCAUGAUUAACAUCAAAAUGACACUGCUAUGCAGUUAUUGGUCAAACAUGCUCAGUGUUUAAUAGAAUUGGAAUCCUUGUUAUGUGUAAGACAGGUAAAGUGAAUGACUAUGAUUGAACAUACCAUUGGGCAAGGCUGUAAGUGGAUGGAUAAGCCAGUUUGGUCCAUGCAUCUGGUACCAGGUCAUAAAACAGUGAUGACUGCACAGCUUCCAUGGUAACAGAAAACGUCAGCUCACCCUAGACAUUUGGAGGGAGAAAAAUUAAAUCCCAAGUUCUUUUAAAUACGUUUUCAUCAUAAAUAUAUUUCUCUUACUUUGAGACCGAGGUCUAGUUGUUUAAGCGACUUCCGUAUCUCUUGAAUGAGAAUGUUCAUCCUCUCACAUUCUUGAAAACAAACAAGAAUGUAAGGGCUUCGUAUAGUAGACUUUUGCAUUAUUUCAGCCAUGUUAAACUCCUCUGGCAACUUCUCCAGAAUUUCAUCCAGGGCAUUCUUCACCUUGAAAAAUAAAUGCAAAGCAAAAUCACCAGAAGUUGCUUGACCACAUGUACAUUCCAUUGAAAGUCCCUCCAGUAUGUGCCCUGCAAGCCACUUGGUGUGUUUGUUUAAUAUUUUGCUGCUGCUAAUGCCCAGCUACCUCUGAAUCUUUGCUACAUUGGCAGAAUUCUUGCACAACACCAUAUAUAACCAACUCUGUAGAACAGGUUGUUGAUGCUAGAUGGGUGGAGGCAGAAGUUAAAGGCUAUUUAUUUGCAAAAUUUAUAUAUAACUAAAACAUUUAAAAUGGUUUACAUAAAGCAACAUAAAUAAAUCUUACCUGCUUUAAAACAAAUAUAUGCAUUAACAUGUCUGGGUAGGCUUGCCUAAACUAGUAAGCUUUUAGCAGGCACCAAAAACAUCACAGCAAAGGUGGCCUGAUAUUAAGAGGGACUUUCAAAGAGUAGAGGUGGUUGCACUGAGAGAUUGAUUCAUGGCAAGUACAGAAUGCCCAUUAUGUGGCAUGCUAAAAGUGCCAGUUCAGCAUUUAGAAGGGGGAGAACAAGCUAAAAAAGAGAAACUUGGAUUAGUGUGUCACAAUUUCAAAUUAAAUUGUCUUCAAUUUAAUUUAUAAUUCACUGAUCACUCAUGCCCUCUAAUUCUGCAGGGUGGUAUUGAUAGAUGCCACACUAAAGAAGCAGGCCUCUCUACUAGCCAAAAUGGAGUCUACAAAUGUACAAGCCCCUUCAUCAUUGCAAUUAUGCUAAG